UGAAAAUGUUAUAUUAUUGUAUCAUUUAAUAUAUUAAAUGAAUAAACAAUGAUUUUCCUAAAAUGUGGCGCUGCUGAUCACAUGACGUACACACCUCAGGGUCAAAGGGGUCAAAGGUCAUGUUAUCAACAAGAUGAAAAAGUUGUCCAAGCCCUCGGGUGCGGAAAACAGAAGAAAAGAGGAGGAGAAGAGGAUGCUGCAAUAUAAAGGUAACAUUAGCCUGUACUAUUUUUGCGAUUAAUAGCUAGCUAAUGCUAUUAAUACUAAUACUAUUCAGAUAUUUGUGCUAGCUAGUUAGCACAUAUUUCUGCUCACUGGCUACAUUGUGUUUAAUGUAAAAUGCGCACUACAAAGUUAUCUUCUCUGCCUGUAUGUCCGGUCUGAUUUAGUUUAUUAUUUCAGUUUAUUUUUGGUUAAGUUAAUAAGUGAUUUUAUCAAAGUCAUCAUGAGUAUAUUAACAAUUGUGUGCCCACUGACACAGUUGCUGCUGCUGGUGCUUAACUCUCCUACUGUCUUAUCACGUUUGAUAUUGUGCUGAAAUUCAGUAGCCAAGUGAUGUGAAUGCAAGCUGCAGCAGGUUAUUUAUUUAUUUAUUUUUUUAAAAUUUCUUCUUAUUACUUGUGUUUGCUUUUAAUGUAUUACGUUUUAUUCUGUCUGUCUAGAUGCUGUCAGAAAAUAUUUACAGACCCCUCAAACAGCUUCUGGAGAGGGGACAUCUGAUCACACCUCCACAGAAACACCUUCAACUGAAGCUUGUAAGUUUAUUCAAUUGUAUGUGGUCUCUGACACCCGACUAUGUUAUUGCUCUUGUUACUGAAUGGUACAACCUUGUUAGUAAUGCCAGUAGAUGUAAUUUUUAGCGCCGGAGAGUAAUCUCUCUGAAGACUGCCUGUACAAACAAACUAAUACUAUUAAGUUAAUUAAUAGUUCUGGCCAUUUUUUGAAUGCAAGUUGUUUCUAUCAUGUGCUGUAUGCCUAAUGCAAAUUUAAGUGAAAGCUGUCAGGCACCUGCUAGUUAGUAGGGGUUUUGUGUUGCUUUCAUAGUGAAGUUAUUUGACUAGGCUUUACUAAGUCAAAACUCCUGGUGGUGCUAGUGUAUACACAAAUCAACCAAAGCUUCAUUUAUACAGCCGCAUCAUAGUCAUGUUUGUAUUCAACCUACAAAUUUGAUUUUUUUCACAUCCAUGUUAGAUACAGAAGUUUUUGAACAAGCAUAAAACUUUCUUGUGAAAUGUUUCCAACUUAGGAUUUUAAGUAAUAAGGUAGAGUUCAUAAAAAAAACUUGUCCAUAACACUGAAGCCCAAAAAGUUAAUUAUUUUAACCAGAUCUUCCUCUUCAAAGUCGGUCAGCAGAUGGCGCCAUUACUCAUUAAAUACGCAGCACGGUGUGUGCAGGAAUGCAUGUAGGUUGUCAGGGUGUGUGAGUAUGUCAGUGUCACUUGAUGGAAAGGAUGUAACCGAGUAAAUAUUCCCUCCAUAGAAACUAGAGAUUUACAACUCUGACAGAUUUCUUUGUGGUUGCAAAACUUUACAACACAAAAUAAAUAGGUGUGAAUGACAUACAGUCACCACCGAGAUCAGUGAUAUUGAGUCCGGGGAAUUUGGGUGCGUUGUGGGCAGAUUUAGAAAACCAUUAUAGGAACCUAAGGUCAUAAAAUGACUUAGGUUAUUGGUUUGCUGAUGUUAUUGAUCAUGAUUAUGAUAUCAGUCACUACACGUUGAUGUAGUUAUGAUAGAAAUUAGCUAUGCUUUGUGGUUUCUAACCUUUUCCUCUAGCUAUUCUUUGACUUUAUACUCUACUAUUAAUAUACCACAACUUUUGAAAUUGUGAAUCAAGGGAAACAAGUAUUGUUGAAUUUAAGUAAAAGAUGAGCUUCUUUAUUCUCAUGUUUUGUAAAGGUUCACAACAAUUCCUUAAGAUGUUCCUUAGGAGCCAUUUUCUGAAAUCCAUAAAACAUUUUGUUGACUUUCUUUGACUUUCAUUUGCUACUUUAUGUGUUUGUUUUAGCCGAUUCCUCAGCUUCAGUUUUAGUAUUUCUUUUCCCUGGUGACAUAUGCCAGGCAGGUAUUUAGACCCUGUCUGGACCAGUUUUGACAAACACAGUGGUGGUUUAUUGGUUCAUAACCAAGGUGAUUCCAUGAUGAAACAAAGACAGGUAGCACAAACCGGAUAAGUAUUAAGGAUGAUGUUUGCUUCAGGCAGCAUAGGUAUUUUCUUCCACUCAGCUGUCACGCCUGGAUACCAAGAUGUAUAGUUGCCUAUAGCAACAGUACUGUGUAAACCUCUUAGUCAACUAUGUUGAUUGUUGCCAGCACUUGUCACAAUAGUGAAUCCAAGAAGCAUGGGCUACCUCACCAGUAUCAGUAAUGAUCUGAUUUAAGUUCCCCUUUUGAGUUCCCGUCAAGACUGGUGCGCUGCAGAAAAAAUAUGACAGAAGUUCAAAUGAACCUAUCCCCCCCUUUCCUGCAUUAGUCCACGUACAUAUCUGAUUAAACCAUCAGCUGAGUUUCAGCUUUGCGUGAGAAAGAGACCAACCCAAAGAUGGACUGCAAUGUGGGGGUGAUAUUUGCACUGUCAUUUGUUUUCUGUUACUCAUCCUCAUCCGCUUCAUUCUUAUCUCCUCCCUCCUGUUAUCUUCAACAGUUUACUCAUUCACCUUUGUUGUCGUAAAAAUACAAUAGUUCUCUCUAAGGUGCAGUGGUUGCAUAUGGUAUUGAUAUAUUCAUUUCACUGGUUGGAAAAAGUAGAAAAAGUAGUGGUUUGUUUAUUGAUAACAUUUUGGCAAAGGGUGGAUGAGUCAAGUGAUAAUAUUUACAUCCUCGUUGAAAAUAAUGAGUCAAAAGGACUUUAUAUACCUGUGACACAGUGACAGAAAUAUGUUGAAUUUAAGCAAGUACAGUUUAGAGUUAUGUCAUCACUCCCAUGUCCGCUGACCAUAUAUGGGCAGAGGGACCAUGUGCGCCUCAAAGCAGGUCCCCACUGCAGUGCCAUGACAUCACCUCGGUGCGAUUGUUCCUUAUGUGGGUGAACUAGAGCGUGGCAGGAGGGCUUUCCAAGAGUCCAAACACAAAAAUGACCCAAGUUUUCCAAUUAGCGCCGCAGUUUAAACAAAGAGGUAAUCAAAACGUCACAAAAUGGGGGUGGGAUCACGUGGUCAUUGCAGGGGUAAACACUGAGGUAAACAGCGCUUUGAGGGGAGCGAUGAGUCAAAUCAUGCUCCUGGGGGCUGUUCCAAGAAACAAGUUUGCAGAGGUGAAUUCUGGGUAAACAUGCAAAAACCCAGACUCUUUCAUUCUAUGUAGUAAAGUUACCCACAAAACUCUGUCAACCUGCAUCUCAGAAGAGGCCCACACUUUGUAUAUGAAUAUGUUUCACAGAAUAUCGUUGCAAAACACCCUCUCACUUGUUAAUGUUUUACUGUUUACCCUAGCCUAGAUGAUUCACUAUGUUUUGAGGUGAAUCUUCUUCAACACUCUGCUUGGACUCUGCUGGAUUUUUCUGGACUCACUGAACCCUUUUUUCCGACUGGAAGAAUGCCGCAUAUACAGUACAGUUCCUGGUUGUGUAAUGUGGAAGGAGCUCUGAGGCAUUUAUCUGGGUGAAACUUCUUAAAUAGGUGUGAACUCUGCAAGCCGGUGGUUGCACAUAUACGGCGCCUGAAGUUAGCCGCUGCUUUUGCAUAUAAUGCCGAGGUCUAAGUCACCAGCGGGGAGUCAGACUGACAUGUUUAGGCACCUCAGGAAACACCUCUCACGCUGCCGGAAAAGUCUUGUGGGAGGUAUCCAAAAAGGUUUUGAUAAACCGUAGACACGCUAGUACUGUGAAAAGUGAGGUGUUACCAGCUAAAGGCUAUGCAAACUGUGCCAGAUGCGAUUUGUGGAAUACAGACACAUGUAUAUCCUUAGAGAAAUAUUUGUUAGCGUGUCUGAGUCCCUAAUUCUUCUAUUUUGAUUAAUUACAUCAAGAACUCCUUAGCAGGCAAUAUGUCAGAGAUUACUGAUAUGAAACCACAAUAAAGCACACAUCUUUAGAUGUUUUUGGAGGUGCUUUUUCAAGAGUAUAAAGCUAACAUACUGCACAUAACCUCAUUUUAUUCGAGGGAUUUAGGGCAUCCUUUUCCUAUAGUUUUCCACAGGUGUAAAAGCACCUAGUAACCCAGUCCUACUAAAACUACAACCUUAAUCUUGUAAGAGGAUUGCCCUGAUUACCUCGGCAUAGAUCUCUUUCCUUCAUAUCAUCAGCGGAUACUCCUUGAUAAGGCUUACAUGCUUAUAUCUGAUAGCAUGAUACACUGCUUGAAUUUAAAGAAAUUUAAAUUCAUGGCGGUUGGUGCUGCUGCUUGGUUGCAGGUACUGCUUUCCGCUGUUAUGGAGCAGAAGAUCUCCUGAAUGCAUGGUUGUGGUUUCCAUCUUUGUAAUGCCAGAAAUGCAACAGAGGCAGCCAAAUAGAUAGGGACUCUGAAGAGGUUUGCCUGAGAAAUGUGUGAAGUUAUUUAACUUCACAGUUCGGCUUGUUCCUGAUGCUUGAAAGCCCAACAUGUGAAACUGUUAAAGGGUUUGCAUUGAAAUAAUUUAAGAGCUGAGAGGGAUACUUUCUUAGAUUUUGAGGGUAAAAUUUAUUAUAAGUAGUAAAGAUUGUGGGCUCUGGAGUUAAAAUUGAACUUUAAAUGGCCUUUCUCUGAUAAAUAAGGCAGGUUUGUGAGACUUCAAGGAUGGCAAACUCAGCUGUUUAACCUGCACUGUGAAGACUAUUUGGAAAGGGAUUUUGUUGUGAACCUGUUUCCUGCAGCAGCACUUAUAACAUGUUUGUGUGGAAAUAUGCCUGACAGUUAUAUGACUUUAUUAUAUAAUUUAAUUUAGUGCGCUGCAUAUUCAGUUAUGGGAUAAUUGAACAAGUCUUGGAAAAUCUUAACCAUCAUUUUUUAUGUUGUGGUUUUGACAUGCCUGCAGCUCACUGGGGUCACAGGGGAGUCAAGUCACAGUAACAACAUGAAGCUGUUUAACAUGUGAGGGCCUGCCGUUGGUAUGUUAUCUUGCAUUUCCUUUUUUUCCUAGUUUUUCUUCCCUUUAUGCUUCUAUUUUGAGAACACAGAGGUUUAAUUUUUUUCAUCAGAUAAAGUUAUUGUAAGUUAGUAGAGACCUAAUCUGUUUCGUUUGUUCAGUCCUUUGCAUAAAAUAACGUUUUUCAAGUAAUCGCACUAAAUUCAAAACUUGUCCCUUUACUGUGAUUUCUGAUAGUGGAGUAAGUAGCAGUGGGAUGAGCCUCAUUUUAGGCUUAAUUUCCUACAUGGUGAUAUAGUAUAAUUUCGACAGUUAAAUUGCUUUAGCAUGCAGAUUGUAGACAUGGAAAUUCUUUGCUAUUUCAGAGUAUUUCUUCUGAGAUAUAUGAGGUACUAUGAAAACAAAGCUAUUUUUCUAUUUUACAGAUGUCUCACAAUCAUCACACUUGCAUGCAUGAAAUUGUACAUUGAAAAAGGCGUAGUAAAAGUUUUCUCAGGGAUAUUUUAGAGUUUGCUCCCAUAAAACUGUUGAUAACUAAUCCUGUUUUUGGGGAAGUUAACUAAAACAACAAUUGAAAACUUUAAAAAUAUUUUUGGCCUGCCCUCAUGGUGACAAAUGACCAAUUCACCUUGGCGCAUGGAUCUUAAACUGUUCAAGGUAUUAGCAAUGGUUGGCUGCAGAUGUACCUCAGCAAGCAAUAAUACAGAGCUAGGCCAAAGCAGCACCUCCUGUUGUCAUCUUAUAAAACCCGCCCUAUAUUUACAUAAAGGAUCAUGGCUGGUCAGUACAGGGGUUUCUGACCCAAUGAAUGAAAACUUGUUGAUGGAUCUAGCAAUGGUAGUCUAGUCCCACCCUGAUGACACACCAAAUGUAGAGCCGGAGAGCGGUUACAAGACACUUAACCAAAGUCAAAGGUUUCUAUGGUGAUCGUAACUCAUUGAUAUCUCUUCCCAUCAGGCAGACCAGAUUUUUGGUAUAAACAAAAUCCAAUUCAAGCAUUGUUAUUUUAAAUGACUUUAUUCUUGUUUUGUAACAUGUACAGUAGAUCACAUUGUAUAGUAUUGCAGUACAUAGUUUAAUUCAGUAACCAAACUCUUAUCAAAAUCACAUACGUAAAUAUGGAUUCAGCUACCAAGUCCUUGACAUGUGGCGACUCAAAGACUUGUUUGCUUACUUGUAUCACAAUAAGAAAAUCCUGCACCUCAGGUCACCAUUCCACCUUUACAAUAUAUAAAAUGUUCUGAUAAAUAGAUGAACACCACAGUGAUGAUGUUAAGGUCCCAAGAGCUCAUACCACGCUGACUCAAGAGAAGUGAUGGAAGGUCACAUUGGACAGGACAGAUGUUUACAUGAAAAUGUUUCCAUAUCCAGAGUGCUUUGGCCUUUUAAAUCUGAAGUGUUUAUGUUCUGGUUAGCUCUUUAAAGUUUUCUUUUUUCAUUUUGGUGACCCACGCCCUCACAGAGACAUUUAGCACACAGCUGUUUGAACAUUGUAUAUUUGUAUGUAUGCGGAUGUAACUAUUUGUAAACCCAAUGGUCGAAAUAACUUAUAUACAGACAAUCAAAUGCUACAAAACACAUUUGAAUUAUACAUUUUAUAAUUACACACAGCAUUUAAUGUUUUCUAUAAAUACAAAAGAUAACACUUCAAUAAUCUUACAUGACAGAGAACUGGUUUUGGCUUUGUUUUGAGAGAUGGUGAGGUGAUUUGUCAGAGAUGAUCAAUAAAUAAACACUGUUUCUCAUCGCCUUACUGUAACACACAACCAUAUCUCAGAGCACCCGUAUCUGGGAUGUUGAGUUGUCUUGACCAACCGGAUAUGAAAUGUCUCACUUAGGAGACAAACCUGAAACACUUUUGAGCUAAUGGAGAUGUUAUAGUUUUGUACUUGCCUUCACCCAAAGAUAUAUCCUUCCACAUAUUGCAAAAAGUCUUUAAUGGCUCUUUAUUGCGUCCUAGAGAGUGUGCUUCCUUUCUAUCCAAGAAACCAAACUCUUGGCUUACUCUACAUCAUUUUCAUCCUCAUCUUCCUCUCCAGGCAGCUCUUUCUCUGGCAGUAGGCCAUAGCUGUUUAGGAACGCCUCCACAUCUGUGGCGAAGAACUCCUCAUUUAGAUGCUGUGUGCAGGACAGGAAGUUCCCUAAAAGUUCUCCGGCCUUGUACACCAACAGUGUAGGCAAAACCUCGUCCGAGAAGCGUUCUGCAGCACCUGAUGCAACAGCAUCAAUCCUGCAGAACUUAACUGUUGGAUACUCCGUGGCCAGGCAGUCAAGGCAGUUGUUGAGCUCCUCGCAACCUUUGACUCCAUCCUUGUAGAUGUGGACGACCACCACUGUGCUGUAAUGCUCCUUCUCUAUCACUUCCAGGAAGGCCUCUCCACUGUCAAGGUCAUGGACACCUUCAAACUUGGGCCCAAAGCUGAGUUUGUCAUGCAUCUCCUGCAUGCAACGCCUCCUGUAUUUUUUAAGGCAUCCUGCAUCCUCCUCCUUGAGUAAUUCAUACUCUUGGACGCUCAUCUGAAACAGCAUUCAAACAGUAGUUGAAAAACACAAUUUAUUGGUGAAUGGACUGGGUUGUUUUCAUUUCUUAUGGUUAUCAUUAAAUACAAAAAUAACUUGUGAAGGCCAUGGUGGAGUCUCAGACCCUUGAGUCCCUUUACCCCCAGUGGUUUUAUAGUCCGAAUUGUGUGUCUAUGUUCCAGUACUAUGGCCCAUAACGAAUUGACUUAAUUGUACACUGUCAAACACAAGGAGUACAAUCUUCCAGUUCAAAGUUCAAGUUAUUUGUAAAAUCCUCUGAUGUUCGUUGUGUUGGCAUAGUGUUGAAUUUUGAUUGUUCACAGUUGUUUUGAUCUGCAUGGUUAUACCUUACGGUUAAGGUUUGCUCUGGAGUCAUCUUUUGGCCUCCCCGGAGAUGACAUCUGUCUCAGGAGUUCUCUUUUUGCAGGUGGAAGGUUUUCUGGGUCCAUACUUUCCAACUUGAACCUCCUCCAGUCAUUUAUGACACCUUUAGGCCCUACAGAAAAGAAAAAUACCAUUUUUCAGUUCAGUUCAGUCUUUUAGGAAACACAGAUUCAAAUAAAUUCUUCAUCACCAACUUGAUAAAUGACUUUAAGAAAAAUUAUAAACUAAUGUAUUUGUUUCGUCCUGGGAAAUAGGAAACCACAGGACAAGAUUUUUGGAGGCUGACACAAUCAGCCCUCAGGCAUUACUUGGAAAGCAUAAAUAGCACCAUUUAGCUGAAUGUUCAUUUCUUUGUGAAUUGAAAUGUACAGCAAUGAUUCAUUGGUGAGUAUGGUGUCCUGCUUUAAUUUGGAGAUUAAGGCGUCAUCCCCGCUUUCUGAGAAGUGCUCUCAUUGCACCACUGUUACAUAAGACAAAGAAGAUUAGCGGGUCAGUUAAACUGCCAAAUCUCUACAGAUCUAUACUCUACUUUACUUUGAGCUUCCUGUUGUCUGUUUGCAGCCAGUUACUCCAUAUGCUCCAUCGAUUUUGCAAUAUUUGCGGUCAAUCACAUUCAGAGUAUUUUUUUAUUCUCAGAUAUGUAGUUGGACUAUAUGAUAGAUAGAAACUUCUACUCACCUGUGUGGGUCGCAUUGUCCUCCAACUCAAUCAUUUUGUCAGACAUUUUUCUGGAUGGCUGUAGAGAGAGGAUACUCAUUAUUUAAUGUGCUCUUUAACGAUUAUUUCAACAAAUCAUGAUUUCAGUUUUGCAAUCUUACACUUGUUUAUUCUCAAUGUUCUCAGUUACCUAAGUUUAUGGAGACAGAUUUCAAAUCUUUGCACGGUGACUGAGCUGUUGGAUACCAAUUGAGUCCCAUGAUAUUUAAUUAAAUUAACGCAGACUAAGAGGAUUACUGAACUGCAACAGAUCUGUGUCUUGCUUGUUGUUAGCCAGUGUUUUUAGAGGCUACAGAGCGAAGUGGCAACUGUGUAAGGUCAAACAAAACAAAAAAAAAUCACAACCAAAGACUUUUUUUUGUGUUGAAAAAGGGUGCAUUUAAUUUCUUAUAUUAAAAGAAGGAUUCUAAUUAAAAUUUGAUGAAAUUUUUAUGUGCACUUAAGUUGUGAUUUUUCAGCAUGCGGCAUAUGGAAAAUGUACACUGUGGUUGCAUGGCUGUAAAGCCACAGUCAAUCUGGUCCUCUAAUUACUUCAUAAUGUCAUUUGCGUCAGAUAUUGGACCAGUGGGUGUGUGGGGGUGAUGUUUGCAGAUCUCCUGGCCCAUCUUCAGUGCCCCAUUAAGUGAAGCCUUCCUUCCUGAGUGAAGUCACAGUUCCGAUUUAGGCUGAUGAUCUCAGAGGGCACCUCUCUAACCCUCAGAUCCACAUUUGGAGCUUUGCCUUGAUUAGUUGUAGCAUGAGCCAAUAAAGUCUUGUGUAAGGGGUUUCGGUUCUGUAUGUGUGCAGGUAGGAGACGGAUGGAAAACUGUUGCACACUGCUGACUGAAAUGACUGAAUUUAAAACAGAGAAUCCUGUUUCUCUUUUCUGUGCAGAAGCAUUACUUUAAACCUGGAAGCUAGCUUAACAUUAAUCUUGCAGAACAUCUUUGUAAAAUAUUGCAUAAGGGUAGAUGCAAAAUUGUACAAGAGAUAUUUUUGAUUCAUUCAAAAAUACAAUAAAAAUCAGCCUCAAAAUCUCAAAAUCAGUGUCAAAUGUUUGCAAAAGAAUCCAGACCAAAUAUAUCAGUAUUAGACACCUCCUAUUCAAAGUUGCUAAAGUUUGACCUUUAAAUGAUAUUUAUUUAAGUUUGACAAAUAUAUAGUUUUGCUUACCUGCUACAGUCUCUGUGAAGUCCUCUCUUAGUGUCAGUAGCUAACCUUGCACUGCUCUUCACUCGGUCACUUCUCAAAGCUAUCUGUGGCUGGACACUGUCUGUUGUUGUGUGCAUGCGUGUGUCGUUUCCAGCCAAUGAGCUUGGUCUAAUGGAGAUUUCAGAAAAAAGUCCCUAUAGAGCAAACAGAAAUAGAGCAUAGAUCCUAAGAGGAUUUCCCCCCAGGAAUUAGAAGCCUCUACUCGAAAGAGGCUCUGCUAGACACAACGGUGAGUGAGUGAGAGAAUGAAAGAAAUAAACAGAGAGAGAUAAUAGUCUAAAGUUAAAACAAGAGCCUCUUUUAUUCAAGAGCCAGUGUGCUGCUGCUGUUCACUCUUUUAGGCCGUACAGCAAGAGUUAACUUGAAGCAGAGCUCUACAUCCAAGAGAUGAACACUUAAAUAAUGUGAUCUUGUCUGGAAUUCAAAGUUCUUCAAGGCAUAAAGCUUCACACGAAAAUGAACACAUGAUGGAAAUAUUACAGAACACAAAACACCGCUAGCAAGGGGUGGGGAACAUCUACAGGGAUGCUUUAUCACGCGCUCCUUAAUUGUUUUCAACAUCCUGCAGACUCUUCUCCUGUCUGGAACUGACAUUUUUAUUUACCUACAAGCAGUUUUCAAGUUUGGAGCAGGUAUUUCAUUUGUUCACAUAAAUAUAAUGACUUUGUUUUCUGGGUGCAAAACAAAUGCAAGAUAAAAGAGAAAUAAGGAGUAGAAAACCUCAACUUGGUGGUGGAAAAGUUCAAAACACUGAAGGUCUGUGCAAAUUAAAUAUAUAAGAUACAUAAUGGGGUUGACAAAGUAUUAAAAAUCUACAAUAACAAUUUCUUCUCCCUGAUUUUCCACAAUGUAAAAUACUCACAAGUUAAAGUUAUCUAUUUUAUUUGUGAAGAAUGCUAGGUAUUCAAGAUAAAAACACGUUAUGUGAAGUGUCCCUUUUUAGAGUUUUAGACUUUUACAAAACAAACUGCUGAUUCAUCAAAUCUGUAGCAGGAUGCUAGUUUAGCCUAAUGGUUAAGUCCCAGGCUCAAUGUGCAGAGGUAAUAGUCCUUUAGUAGGCGGCCCAAGUUUGACUUCAACCUGCAGCCCUCCUCCCCAAUGUUACACUUUAAUCUCUCCCCUGGUUUCCUGCUCUUUGUGCUGUCCUACACCUCUUAAAUAAAAGAGCCCCGCUCUCAAAGAACAUAUCAUCAGAUUUAUUCAAUACACUUUUACAUGUGUUGCACUUUAAAAAAUAACUGCUUUAUGGUUUCAUUUAAAUGUGCCGUUUCUUGAGUUUAAAUGUAGUACAUCAAAGUAGAAUUAAGGUUAAGUGCUUCAAUGUGCUUAAAUGUGCAACUACUGCAGCUUUUACAGUGGGAAAAAUAACCCAUUUCCUCACUCAAAGACUCACAAAGACAUUAUUAUUCUCGUGAUAUAUAAGAGGGUUAUAUACGGGUGUCACUGUGACAGCUUUCCUGUUUAAUUAUACUCAUAAAGGGCUGUGUUUAGUGAGGAGUGCCAGUGUUAAUAUACUCUUGUGAAAAUUGGUGUACUCUUAGUUUGGUACUUUUCAGGAUAUAUGUUCCCAUAAGCUGCAGUGUGGCGAGGAAUCCCUUAAUCACCUCUCAGUUCUUUGUAUUUCUCCACAUGCCUCAUUGUGAGCUUUUCUCUUCACAAAUGCUGAUUCACUGCCGUGCAAAUAGGAAGGGUUAAUGCGCUCCACACCCACUAGAUAUUUUCUGGGACAGCUCACCGUGAUCAACUUCUGUCCUUCUCUCCGGUGUCUGUGUCCUGUAUUUAUUGGCUUAAAGGAUUACUGGACUUUUUUACUCAGCCACACACAGUAUAACCAUGUCAGCUGGGGCUACAUUAUUGUCAGUGCCUCGAGAGAGCUGACAUAUUUAUGUGUUAGCAUUGUUGCUUAAAAUGGAAAGCAGCCCAUUGUUUGGCAACAUCUGUUUUGGAAUAUCUGUCAGCAAGAGACCAAUAUAAGCCUCACUGCUUGUUUGUCUAUGUAGACCACAUAACAGGGAAAGAAAAACUGAGUAUAACUUUUAUCUUAUUCUAUGGAAAAUUAUAAUGAACCAAAAUGUUUUCCAAGACAGCAGCGAAAGAAGUAAACUUACAACUUAAGAUGCUGUUGGUAUCUGUUUAAGAAAGACAAUCUGCUUUUUUACCUCUCAAAUGAUGGAGGAAGAUAUGUCCCAGGUGUGCUGAGCCUCUCUAUAUACCUUUUAAAAAUAUAUAGUAUGGAUAUAAAGUGCAAAAGUUUAAAAUAGAAUAGAGUAUUUGGGCUAAAAUUCAAGCUGCCAGAGACAAUUUAAGGCUGACACUAAGAUGUAUGGUGACACACAUUCAGGAGUAAACUCUUUUUUAUUACAAUGACUUCAUCCCAUUUUGAAAUCCCAAAUCUAAACAACAUUUUUGUCCUUAAAGAAAAAACAGAGAAGUUUUGCAGACAUCUUUGUGUUUUAUUGGGAUAAACAUUUUGUCUCUGAGGCUCCACAAGCAUCACUCUGCCACAUCAUCCCGGCUCAUUGGAUCACUUCUCUGGGCAGGAUAAUAGGGUUUCUCUACAGGUCAGCUUUUUUACACCUUCGUCAUGUUAAAGCUAGAGGUCAGCAUUCUGCAAGCAUGCUCUGGACUGGACUGGAAUAUCUUUCCUGCUCACAUAGCGCAGACUGAUUUUACUGGCUGAUCCACUUCAGACUUUGUGUUCAUUAUAGUGUUAUAUGGGUUAAACAUAUUUUCAUUCAUAUAUGGGGUCAUAUACCUAUUACACCAUACCCAGUCAUUUGGCCUCACUUGGACUUAAUACUAUCACUUUGAAUAUAUCUCCUACUCCUUUCUCUUAUCUACAUGAGAUAUACAGCAUAUUUAAAGCUCCUAUGAAGAGUUUUUUCAUGUUAAUGAAAUAGCCUGAGAUUUAUAUUGAUGCCUUUUUUAUGAUAAACAAAUGCAAACAGGACCAUUAGCAACACACUGACAUUUUUUCUAUCCUAAUGUUUAGUGUCUGGAACUGGAACUAGUGGGAUGGAAACAGCCCUAUUUCUACUAUUUUUCAUAUAAAAUUUUCACAAUAAAUGACCCAGUUGACUGCCAGAAAACAUUUAUCAAGCAUCUAUAAGACAAUGUAAGCAAAGACUGUUUUGUCCACAAGGGGGCGCUGAAAUCACCACAAACUGAAAGUUGCUCACAUGAGCUUUAACUCUUGUGAAUACAUAUUUGAUUUGGCCAUAAAAGCACUUAAAUGAAAAUAAUUCUUCAAACACUAAAAACAGUCCACUGCUUAGUACGUUAAACUAAGGGAUGAAAAAAAGCAAAGAAAAUCAAUGCUUUACAAGCAACAACUCCCUUUUUCUCUUUUUGUGAUUGCAAACACCAGUAUGUCUGUGUUUGCUUUAUAAAUAUACAUUUACGUCUACCACUAUGUCCUCUCCACACGGCGUUGGAGAGACAAAAACUCUUUCAGGCAUGGUUACCAAUGAAAAUAGCACCCAUUGCUUCCACGUUAAACAGUCUAUUGAUGUAUAGAGACUUGCAGAAAUAAGUGUUAGCGGAUAAAUGAGUGUUUAUGUGAGUGUCUGCCUACACCUCCCUUAUAAGUAGGAAUUCUUAUACGAACCAUAUGCUCUCUGACGUCUAAGGGUAUAGAUUUACUGAAUUUGCCCAAGCCUUUAAUUACAGCUUUCCAUACAUUCAUACAGAUGUGUGGUAUAGUGUGAGCGUUGACUCAUUCUGACCAGCUCAACGUAUAGAUGUUGAAUGUAAAUCCCCAGGAUUUCUAUAUAAGGGAAAUGUUGUAACAAACAAUUUUUUGCAAGUCUCUUCCUCUUCAGUGUUUCGGUCCGUGUUUUUUUUCAGGUGACUCAAACGUCUGCAUAUUAUAGAUAAGCUGGGUAAAUGCCAUAUAAAGCUAUGGCUUUCUCUUGGCUAUUAAUCAUUGACUAAAAGGAAGUAAUGUAGAGGUAAGUUUGUUUAGUUGCCUAACUCCUCAACCCAUCUUGCAGGACAUUUGUAUGAACUACAGAAGUCAUGUUAUUGCUUUAGCAGAGCAGUCUUCUCUAUAGGUGUGUGUAACAUGUCUCAUAUUGUUCCAAACCAGGAUGGUUUAUUUCUUAUAUCUAUUUUGGACUGAUUGCAGAUGCCAGUUUGAGGAAAGUUAAGAUAAAAAGGGAAGCCACUGUAAAUUCCCAGAACAACAAAUUUCCUUGAAUAGCAUUUUAAUUUGAUGUUUAUUCCUGACGAAUACAUAUUUAAGCACUACCUUUACAGAUAAACUCAUAGUCGACCUUUAAUUCAGCCCUGUGAUACACUUCCACAUGCACACUUCCCCUCUUCAUAAUCAAUGGCAGACAUGCCUGAUGACUUCAUGGCCGGUCUUUUGGUCUGUAAAAAGGAAAACAUUCAGAGCUCUGUAAUUUUCCUCCAGCCAGGCUCUGACAUUGAGGUGACUUUCCUUGUGACGUUUGCAUCACCCCUGUGUACAGGAAUUGAAAGUCUUCCACUAUUAUGACAGCAGUGACCGAUUACAGUGUUAUUAGAGGCUGUCUGAAAGUCCAGCCUUGCUUGAGUUUAGGCCUACAGCCAACGCAUAUCUGCUGCUCUGACUCAGGAAUUUCACUUCCAGUUCAGAAAGGCAGACUUUAUGAACUGGCAGGAAGACACCCGGCUGCCUCAUACUUCCGAUAGGAGUAUUAUCCUGUCCAUGAGCCAACUCUGCUUUAUUUGACCUCAUUUGAUUUACUUUGUAUUCUCCUUCAACCACAUCUGUUUCUUUUGGCUUGAUGACUCUCGCUAAAGGACUUGAUUUAUAUGAGUUUUUAUUCGCAUUUGGCAGACCAACAUGUAUAACUGGUGUUUUGUGGAUAAUGGAUUCAGUCCAGGCAUUGAAACUGAAGGCUCGCACAACCCUGUUCCCAUCGUUGCUACAAACAAAAAGUUAUCCUGACUGUCAUGAACAAUGAAAACAAUUGUAAUGCUAAAAACCUGAAAUAACCAGGUCAUCCUGGUUAUUCACUUCAUAAGCCUUUUUAAAUAACACGACUGUGAUUAAAGGGCUGCAAAAAUAGACUCGAUAGAAAGAUCAAAACCUCGUUUACAGAGAAGUAACUCUCUGUCUUAAGUUGGCGUGUCUUCUACUAGAUUUACCAAAACCAAACCCACUCAUUGCCUUCUAGUGCUAUCAGGUGUAAAUAUGGGCAGAGCUCCUCAUCUGCCACCUACGCAAAUUUUGUUCUUCACAUUCCUCACUUUACUGCUCGGGUAAUAGUCACUCAUUUCCUGGUUAAGUAACUUUAAUCCCUAAAAGUGUACCUGUUUCCUUUCAUUUUGCCUCCAACAAGUUUCAGCAAGUGACUGGAGGCGCCGUACUGGGCAACUUCUUUAUGCAAAUAAAUCCAUUUGGCAACCCUGAACUUAGUAGAGUCAAGGACCAGGAUGUACAACCUAAUUUCCAGCAGUAAGGAUGCAGUUUGUUACAAAAGAAUUCACUUUGGAAAUGAUUGAAACCCUUUUUUAUUUGAAAAUAGUGCUAAAGACAACAUAAGGGUGUUUUUUAAUGUUGGGACAGGGACAACAAAACACUGACAAUGUUGUAAACUAAAGGGAAAAAACACCUGGAUAAAUACCGCACACCUGACGAGGUCAUUUUGACUCAGGUUAGUAACAUGACGGUGUUUAAAAAAAGAUUUUUCCAGAGAUGCCGAGUCUCUCACAGGUAAAGAUGGGAAAAGAUUCACCGCUGGGGUGACUGGGUGAGAAAAUAGGUCAACAAUAAUGUUCCUCAGUGUAAAAUUGCUAAUAAUUUUGGGUUUCAUCAUCUACAGUACAUACAGUUCAAAUACUCAAAGAAUCUGGAGGAAACUAUGUAUGAAAGGAAAACCUGAAAACCAGCGACAUUCUUUUUGGAAAUCAUGGACGCUGCAUCCUGGCUGUAAAGAGGGGAGGGACACAGUCCAAAAGAUGGUAUGGGGAUGCAUUUGUCCCCAUAGCAAUAAUAGCUCGUCUAAAUGUGAAGGCAACAUGAGUGCUGAACAUUGUAUUAAGGUUUUUAAAGCAACACGCUGCGAUCCAGGCGAUGCCAGUUUCGGAGAAGACCUUGCAUACUUCAGCAAGACUAUGCCAAACCACACUGGCCGCCUAUCUGUCCCGACUUGUCACCCUUUGAAAAUAUUUGGCACACUGCGAAACUAAUAAUAAAUCAAAGGAGAUCCAAACUGUUAAACCGCUUUAAACCUGUAUCGGUAGAGAAUAGAACAAGGUAUCACUUUAAAAAACUCCAGAAACUGAUGAAUUCAUUAAAUUACAGAGUGUUGAGAAAAGAAGAGGUGAUUCAACUCAACGGUCAACACGCCCUUGCUCCACCUUUCAUGAGAAAUGUUGCUGGCAUUAUAUUAGAAAUGAGUGUGUCUUUGAUAAAACCGACAUUUUUCAUUGAAACAUAAGAAACUGUAAAUUCCCUUUGUAUAAGUUAUGAUUAAAAAAUAGAGUUUAAAUGAUCUGAAAGCAUUUAACUCUCUAUUUAUUUAUACCAUGUGCAACAAUUCCCCAGUUGAUUUAGUGCCAGUAGGCUGCACAUGUUCAAGACAGAUACUCUACAAAAGUGAAGUAUUUGUGUUUAAUAAUUCAAGACAGGUAUUUUUUAUCUACACACCUUUCUGUUAACAGAGAGGUUGAAUGUUUUUUGUUAUGUACUAGAUUUUAAAUUGUCCAUAUUAGACAGGGAUGUUAUAGAAAAUAUUGAAUAUUUGGUAACAUUUCAGAGGUUUUAAAAUUGCAUUUUCUUUUUGCUUCCAUGUAUUGUAGUGGUGAAAUAUACUUUGGGUUUCUCAAAGCUGCUCAAAACUUUGGCGUAACUGUCUGCACAGCUUGUUGUCACUAGAGUUAGUUUAAAAGAAUGAAACAACCCUUUAAAGCUGGUCUGAAAUGGAAGAAACCAAACCCUACUUUUAACCACUUACAGUAAAAGGGGAAUGACUGACUGCCUGCAUGUUACUGUAAAUGAUCACUGUCGGAAACUGUGAUGAAGUGUUGCUCUACUCGGAGCAGGUCAAAUUUGGGUAAACUGAAAACAGGCAAAAGAUGUCAGACCCAUACGGUUCCACAUCGACAGGAUUGUUAUUUGUAUGAUCAUUUCUCCGGUGUCUGCCAGGGUGUCUGCAUCCACUCAUCUAAUCUUAUGGAGAAAGUUAGGAAAAAACCUUUGUUUCUUCAGUGAUUCAUUGUGGGCAAAAGCUUUUCUUCCCCAAAUACUGUCCUUGCAUGUGAAACAGCACGAACAUCCUGCAAAGAAAGUCAGAAAAAAUGACCAAAACAGGAAAACAGACAAAAGAAAUUAAUCCAUACUGUGCGGCUUUCGUGAGACCAAACCCUUUCCUUUGAUGAAGAACACUUUGAGAACAAAUGAACAAUGCAAUAACACCAAAACAAAAAACUCAGGCAGCCUAAUUCUGUUUUUUUUUUUUUUUUUAAAGUCUUUUAACUGUGUGAAGAAUGGAUAAAAAUGUGCUUUUGUGUGUUCAUAAAAUUAACAGCAGUCUAGUGAACUGUAGUUGUACUGAAGUGUUAAACAAAGUGCUUCAAUAAGAUUGUUAUGAGUGUAUUCUUCUUAGAAUAAAUAAGUAGCUCAUAUGAUGUUUUGAUAAUGCCUGCAUCGUGCUCUUGUGGCAUUAUGUUCAUUGUGAGUUUGGUUACUGUUUCAGAGAAACAUAUGAGUUAGAGAGAAAAAUGACCAACAUUAAGUUGUCAAAACAUUGACUGUACCAGCUUUUCAUGAACCUUUACACAGGUACUCAUGAUUGUUAUAAACUUUGUUCAUUUGUGUUCUUGACAAUUUGUUUAACAAAACCAGUUUCAACUUUUGAAAUAUGGGCAGAAAAACAUCAAUCCCACAAGGGAUGCUGUCUGCACAGUGCAACAGUGCAAUUCUGAUUUUUUCAAAUCUGACCCAGGCCUCUUUUGUGUGUGGAUAUAAAUCGGAUAUGGAUCCGAUGUGACUGCAGCGUGGACGCUCAGGUUGUGUUCACCCGACCUAUACGUCAUCAAUAAGUGGCAAACGUCACCAUUGUUCGACAACACAAACAGGCGCAGAAAGCAAUGGCGGACAAGGGAACGUAGAACAGUUAGUUGUGCGCAUGCGGAUCACUUCACAAAGCAUUCCGUUCACAUUAGAUGCCGUAUUCGUUGUUGUAAUGUGAACGACCGCACAAAAAGAUCGGAUUUAACAAAAAAUCCAAAUUGUUCACGAUAACCUGUAGUGUGAACGUAGCCUUAGAGCUUCCUCUAGAGAUUCACAUCCAAUAAACUUUUCUUGAUUGUGCUUUCCGUCACUAUAAUUAGUUCAUAUGAUACAGAUUUAUGUUAAAAGGUUCAUUUUCAGAGAGGUAUAGCUUUAACUAUUUAUAAAUGCGGCUCAUGCAGCGGCCUUUAUUGGAUCAUGAAUUGGAUUAUAUGGAAAUAACUAACGGCAGGCUUAUUCCCUUAUUCAGCUGUUUCAGUGCACUCACACUCAGCCCACUCAGUUUACUUAUCCAAAAGUAUUUUCUACACCAUGAACUGUUACUUCAUACAGUACUUUGUCAGUGCCAAGGCCUCUAGAGGUCUUGGAAUAACUCGUCAGUAAUCAUUUUGCAACAAGUCAUGGUUGUGGUUUUUGAAUUUCUUUAUCCAAGAUGUUUAUUUUUUGAAACAAUAUCUACAGUCACCAAUGUACAUACAUACCUACUUGUAUUUACACACAGAAAGUUGAGUAUGUGGAAUGAAAAUCUGGCUGCACCAUAUAGAAUAGAUACCAGAACUUCAGCUACAGUUGAACGGAAAACCUCCAUUGCCAUGGGUUUCAUAAGUUAAAAAAAACUGUGGUUUAAGUGGUCAGGUCCCCUCAGAGACCCCUGAAUCACUUUGCACGCAUGUGUGUUAGUGACUGUUGCGCAACACCGAGCUGAUAUAGUGAGUAGUGUGUAAGAGAGGGAGUGAGUGAGUAACGAGGCCGCAGUCACCCUCCUCCUCACCAUAGCCACUGUUGUUGCUACUAUCUCGCGAUUCAUUCAUAAAUAUUAGUCAUCCAACUGUAAUGUUGGUGUUUUUGUGUUCGGCCUGAGAGGCCCUCCUUUGACUAGCUCAAGUUCAAAAGGGAAAAAAUGACGCACACUUUAAAAAUGUGUUGUGUUUUAUAGAUUAGUUAAACUGCCACUGGGAGGAGCUGCAGGAGCAAACAAGGGGAAAGAGUAAAAUCUGUAAGAGUGUGAGCAACAUGCAGCAGGUUUGUGAGAAAGUAGGACAGCAGAUUCAGGUUUUUUAGUAUGCUGCCUGAUCUAAUCAUCUAUUUCCCUUUAUUCGCAGUUUAUAUCCACAUCUAGGUCAUCAAAUUCCUAAAUACCCUUAUGACAAUAUUUUGAGACACAAAAACUUUAAAAGAUGAUUUAAACGAUGUUAAAGUAAUUUAAGUGUACCUAAAAGACUGUAUGGUAUCUAACAGUUUAAUUCAAUCAGCCUAAAUUAUUGAAGAAGUUAUAAUUUGACUGCAAAAUAAGUACACAGUAUUUUUCAAUGAUCUAAGAGUUAAUUUCAACUCCAAGUGAUAAUUAUACUGCAAAGUCAUAUUUAAAACAGCUGCUAUUUUUAACGCCGAUCUAAGAAUUUCUGUAGAAACUUAAAUGUAACUCCAGCAUCCCAGAAAAAGGAUUUCUCAAUACUUGCUUUAAUAACUGGAAUUUUAAUCACCCUAUUGCUGCGUAACCACUGAUUCAUUUCCUGUUUUGUUGUGAAAUUGCAGUCGGUUAAUUUGGUUAUAUGGCACUGAAAAUUAUGAGGAGAAUAUUUAGUAUACAGUCAAUAAUUUAAGAGUUGUGGGUGGGGCACACUGGUUAAAAACUGAUAAAAUAAUACAAUUGAGCAUCUUUGCAAUAACUAGAAUAAAUGAGAAAAAACUGCUUUGAAUCAAAAGCAUUCAAGUGCAAAACAAACCAAAGAUGCUAUUAAAGAUGAGUGCUUCCAGUCGUUUAAAAACAGUAAUCACACAUAAAGACUGCUCCCUUGUUACAACCUACACUGUCUGUGUGACUCAGGGGUCAUUACAACUACGAUGAGAAGCACCCGUGGGUGGCUUGGAGACCGGCUCCAUCAAGUUACAAGUUCACUCACAGGAGCCUGUAACUGUCACUCAGUCAUGUGGCUGUUGAAAACCUGUCUCCUUGAAAUCAUGUUUGUUUGUUGCUGUGACAGCCGUCAUUACGUCACUGUAUUGCAGCUCUGAGACACGUCCGGGAGCCCUGAUACCAGACGAAACAUGAAUAUUGUUUUAUGAUGGAGCCUUUGGCAAAAUGUGAGAGACCUGAUGCUGUAGACCUCACAGUUUAUUGAUGUAAAAGUAUGAGCAACAUAACAAAUCAUGUCUUUGAGACAUAAAGCUACACGCAUGACUAAUGUCUCUGAAAAGGAGAAAAUAACAACAAAACAAACAAUUGAGGGAGUGGGAAAUUGAAAGUGCUGUAAGCUUAGGGAAAACUCUCACUUGCUGAAGGUAAAUCAAACUUUCCUUUAAAGAUAAAACUUUUCCCAAAGUAAUUGAUUGAUGAUAGAUGUUGAAUCUGCUCCUUUAUGGUACAUCCUGUUUCCCUUCCUGAGGCAUAUACUUUUUUCUCUACAUUUCUCUGUCCACCUACCCCCCUCUGUUUAUCUCCCACUCCCACCUUUACUUCUAAAUUUGUUCUUCAGACUACAUGUGUUCACAUACAGCUUUUAGUUUACAUUGACUCAUCCUCUGUGAACGGUCAAUCAGUGCUCAGUUUCUGUUUGUUUUCGCUUGAAUUAUGUGACACAAUCAGUGAAACUCCCUUUUAAAUCACACCAACUGUACAGACCAUCUUCAAAAAGCUCCAUCUUGGUGCCAUGAGAAAAGUUUCAUAUCCGUCUUUACGGACCAGUUUCAGGAAUAUUCCUUGAGUUAUCAAAACCUUGGCUGUAAAUAUUAGAUUUUUCCUCAUAUUGUUAAAAGAAUUCACAAAAAAGUAUUGAAAUGACCUCUAGAAAGGAAAUGAAUACAGACUGUGCAGUCAUUUCUACUUGUUUACAUUCGGGUAGUAGAGCUGUACUGCCUUUGCAGCGCGUGUACUUGUAUGCAAAGCUAGCUAGCCAGCUAGCAUCUUAUGGGUCCUCCAAUAACCACUGUGCCUUAAAUUGUAAAACUGAAAUAUUACAGAAAUAAGUAACAAAAAAGAUUUACACAUUACAUUACAUUUAUACAUUAUUACAAAUAGUCUCCAAGGCAAAAGCAUUUGGGAAACAGAAAACACAGCAGCACCAUGUGUACAGCAGCUUGUUUGGCGCGUGUGCUUAACUGCAGCAUAUGAAGUCUAACAGAGAGGAGACCUUUAAAGUUGCACACAACAAACAGAGCGCUCACUUUGACAGGAUUUCUGUGGCCCAAUGAGCCGAACUCCCACUCUGAUGAGAAAAACAAAGCUCUUAAUUUAUAAACUUUUCAAAUUAAUAACUUAUUAACUUACUUUACAUUUCCAACUGUUAAAGGAACAGUUGACAAGAGCAUUAUAUCGUUAUUGCAGUAGACAUUGACCAAGCUACAACCCUGGCUGCGCUACAGCUUAGACUCACAAAAAGACCAACAAUUCAUGCCUUUAAUAAUAGAAAAUUUGAAUAAUUCAUACAACCAACUUGUAAUUCUGGUGCCUACAAAAGGUAUCGUUCAAUAGAUGAGCUGAACAAACAUACAUGUCCCCAUUAAUAGAAAGAUUCUGGUGUUCAGCAGUUUAUCGCUUACAUUACAAAGCUCUAAUGUUGUUCAAAUCUUAUAUACAAUACAAGCUCAUCAGUUUGAUUUCUGAUAAUAUUAUUCAAUAAAUAUAUUAUCCAGUGCCAUUAUCAUCCACUGUGUAUCAAUUUGUUCAAAAGAUAAACCUAAAUCUUUUUUGGUGUUUUUAUCUCGUGGUUUGAGGAUUAUUUUUUCAAAAACAAAAUAUAGUGCAACGCUAAUCUCACUGAGCCAUGGGCUUGUGCAGAGUAAAACUAAACAAUGUGAGUGUGGUGUCAUGGGAACUUUGUGGGCUACACAGAAAAGGGUUUACACAUGUGACAGGUGUUGUUUUGAUGACGAGGUUGACUUGGAGAAAAUGAUGGGCCUUCCUUUCGUUAAGUCCUGGUGACUUAACGUCUAAACACUUAAUGACAUCAAGAAAACAUCUUUCUGCAACACAAGGAAGUGUAUAUUUCACCUUAAUGGCAUGCUUUAAAACGGUGACUCGGUUGUCACCUUUCACCAGACAUGUUGUGACAACAGCACAAAGAUGACACAUGUCAUGGAAACUUCGCAGCAGGUUCUGUAGGUGUAAGAUCACAUCAACUGAAGGUAUUUCACACAAAAAAACACACUGGGACAGAUUUCUGAGUAAAACCAAAUCCACUUAUGGUCACAUCUAGAAUAAUAAACCUCAUCACUUCAUGUCAGUGAUGUAUAUCCCAAAGUCUUGUUGAAAUUUAGUUGCAUUGACUUACACCAGGAGCCAGUCUCAGGUGGCCAUAUGAGGAAAUACUGGCAUUGGCUUCAUUUGGCAGGUCUGUAGGUCAGCACUUAAUGUUGACAGAAAGUUGUCUUGAGUUAACAACACUAAAGAAAAAAGAAGGUGAAAGUAAAGAAAGGUGAUUUCGGUUUCGGUCAAAUGUUUAUCGAGCAUGAAUGACUUCUGCUUUAAGUUAGAGUGAACUUUUUCCACACUAAAUGAUGUCUUCAUAAUCAACAAAGUGAAAGCCAAACUCAUGAGAAAAAGAAUUUUAAUCCAUAUUGACUAUUUACAUAAACAUGUCUCACAUGUUCAACCUUGUCUAUGUGAGCGACAUGCAUAUCAUAAGAAGACUUCUUCAACUCCAUCAAAAUGUGUCUACUGUGGCAAAGUAGUCAAAUAUUGACAUUCUUUCUCAAAGUUCAAGCACAAAUCUGUUUCUUCCAUGUCAUUUUAAAGCAUCAUGUUUCAAUUUGUCAUCCUUUUUGGUUAGCCCAUAAUUUGAAAUUCAAGUGAAUGAAGUGUUUACAGAAAGCUUUUAUGACUGAAACACAUUCCUGAGAGUUUUCAUAUGUGAAUGAAAUCCUGGAAAGUUUAGGCGCAAGUUUAAUUGGGUUCGUGUGAAUUUGUGUGCGUGUUUACACUCACCGAAAUACUUCAGAAACACAGUGCGGUAUUUUGCAACCACCCCUAUCCCCAUCCCUUUAAUCUAACCUCUGCCUAAGACUUUGGGCACUUGGCCAUGAGAGCGUCAUGAGCCUGUCUGGACAUGACAGAAUGGCACUGAGGUGUCCCAAAAUCAGAUACCCUUGCACGUAAAUGUAUCAGUUGAAUCAAAAGUACUUGCUGACAUUGAACCCCAAUUAAGCAUCAUUCUGCUUAACAUGCUGCCAAUCAGCCUGUGGUUUUCUCUUGGCUAUCUUGCCAAACCUUGGGUUUCUGUGGAGAAUGAUUCAUGGAGGUUUCCCAUGAACACAAACUCGUCAUUUUAGUGAAAUGGCUGAGGUAGAUUAGAUGCAAAACAUGUGUUUCAUCCUUUGAAAAGGAAAAGUACUGAGAGAUUUCCUAGACAGGAGCACAUCAGCUUGGUUGAUGCUGGUGUGAAUCACAUGGCAGUCAUUUUAACUUUUUAAGACGUAGCUAUUACCUGUACGUGACAUAAUUUUACGGAGUGAUGUUUCAUGAUGUAUGCUUCAUCAUCACCUGUAGUGACUGAAACCUUCGCUGCCAGAAAAAUGUCUCUGUUUCGCUUAUGUACUGGAGUCAAUUAUCAAACCAUAACCCCCAUACUUCUCUGAAUCAAAAAGCAUCUCCAAAUUAAUUUCCUGUCUUGUAGGUGUUGCACUGAAAGGGUUGAGUAAAUGGACACAAAAGAUACGCAAGGUGUGUCAAGGUAGUAGAGCUCCAGACAUUGUAUUACUAACAUGGGAAACCUUUCAGGUGAAAUAGCUUACAUUUUUUAAGUCACUUGUAGUAUAUUACUCACUAGAGUGAUGUGUGAGAAAGGGGCUGAGCAACGCUGAUGCUCAAGUGUGUGAGUGACAGGAGACUAUUGUCCCUUUUAUGACAACAAAUGGACAAAUAAGUGUGUUGGGAAGUGUUUGCAGGUGUGGAAGAGAGUCCCAAUCUUUUAUCUGGGUCGAUAUCAAAUGCUUGCUACUCUAAACUUCACUUCAGGAAAUGAUAUAGAUAUAAACUCUGUUGAAUGAAAAAACAUUAAAUUAUAUGCAUGCAUGACGGAUGCAUAGCUGACAAUGGAGGGACAUCGAAUGGUUGUUGAUAAGAAAUCGAAAGACGUCAGUGUAAUUUCCUCUGCUGUGAAGGAAACACGUAUUUAUGUGUGUGGGUGAGGAGGUUUCUGUGGGUGUAACAACUGAAUUCCUGAUUAAAAUGAUUACUGGAAGCGAGAGAGAGAAAUUUUUGUCUUUAAAUGUUAAGAGAAAGAGAAAGGAACUUAAGUUAUUUCUCUUUAGGCAUUCAUGACCACAAUAAUCAUGAUUAUCAUAUUAGAUUUGUCAACCUUAUUUUUCUCACCUCCAAAACCUUGUUCUUCAAGUAAUUAGUUGUUGUGUGAGAAAAAAUAAAGACAAAAUAAACAAUAUGAAUGAGUAUAUAUUGAUGAAGUAGGAUAUGAAUCAAUACAAGAAAUUUAAAGCAAUUUUCACGAAAGAAGAUAAAACAUCUGGAGACAUCUGCUUGUUUUUUGCAGCUGUGAGCACGGGUGCUACGUGCAAGCUUCAGCUGGACUCCUAAGUAUUUUCUUACUCAGAGUGACAUCUCACUUACAUCAGAGCAAUUAUAACAGAUGGAAACCCUUUUAUGUGGCUGUGUAAGUCUCCUUUCCAAUCAAAAUCAAAACUGAAACUUAUAGCCACUUCAACUGGUUCAUGUCAAAAGUUGACUUUAAAUGGACUUGUAUGAGAACAGGUGUGUAAGUCUAAUAGGUGAGUAAGUGUUUUCUCUGAGUAUGUGUCAGUGAUAUGAAAUGACAGCAUGUUCGUGUUAUCCCUGACGGUUCAACAGCUGUUUUGUCCUCCUUUUUUUAUUUUGUUGUUUUGUCACAGGGUGACAAAAGGCCUCUUCCAUACACCCAGAGUGCCCUUAAAAGGCAAUGUUAGAGAAACUGUAGGUCACCUCUGUUAAAAGGAUGUUCCUAAACUGUAUAUGUCAGACAAGUAAAUGCGGGUUGAGUUGGAAAGGGAAACAGUCAGGUACCAGGCAUUCCUCCUCGCUGAAAGUCAGGGACAUAAUGAGCAUGAGGGUGAAACCUGGUCGAAAACACAUACAACAGAGCUGUUCUGUUUUUGUCAGAUUGAUCUUAAUCUGUUAAUAUUUGUUCUUAAUUUAUUGAUAUUUCUCUUGGCAGUGAUUUUUUUUAUGUCGUGUUUGAGGUUUAGGCAGACAGCAGUUGUGAAUAAUUAACCUCCUCUUAAUUAUCCUUCUUUCAAAUUCCCCAAGCUACCAACAAGGAGGUAUAAAAAUCUUAUAUUUUAAUUUUAAUCUCUUGCCUCUCUUAUCUGUUCCUAUGGAUGUGUUUUACUAAAAACUCACCUCAAUUACAAUUUUAUUUUAUGUUUGUUUGUUUCCUGAUUUAUUCCCCCCAGCCCAUCACAGGAAUGUUUUAAUGGCCAGGUAAUGCCUGUGAUUAGCCACAAAGCUAUUCACAGAAAUCCCCUCAGACAACAAAACGCUAACUUAGAGUUGUCAGUUUCAACAAGGAUCAUACCUAUGUCUCAGGAGCCCCAGGCUUUUCCUCCCAACACUCCCUGUGGCCAAAACUGUCACAUGUUUAUGAAAGUAUGAAAGAAAUGUUAUUAGUGGAAGCGUGUCAAGAGUCUAGUGAAACCAUGAUCAUUUUGAAAGUAUGACAUCAUUGACUAUGACAGAUAGUGGUGGUUCCUUUCCGUCGUCGUCUUGUGUGGGUUGCAGCAACAGCUCAGAAAAAUACUCACUGUUGUCACCUCCCACAAGCAGGUGAGUGGGUGCAGUCUUGGCAACCAUGUAGAGUGGGACAUAUUAUCUGCUUUCCCGUUUCAUUUUAUGGUGAAGCACGUCACUUACCGGUCCAGCAAGGGGUCAGCACUCUUUCAAAAUGUGUUAGACAUUGGAGAAAUAGGUUAAACCAAUAUAUCUAUAUGCAAAUAUAACCAAUAGAUGUUGUGUUAAAUACUUGAAUCUGAUUGUUUCAAAACUUCUUGACAACCCCUUUGUGAUUGUUGUUGACUCUGCCUAGCAAGAACAACACCAGAGCCACACAUUUUCUGGCACAUUUUACAGAGUUUCAGUUCCACUUUUCUUGUGUGACCUUGAGUGGACAUGUAAUGUUGCCAGUUAUUGAAAUGUUUAUCUUGAUAUUUGUUCUGCAAAAACAGAUUAGAAAUUCGAAGCCAUUGUGGUGCCAUCAACCAUGGAAUCAGAGAUAGUAUGUUUUAAUCUGUAAAUCUGGUCUUUUUUUAAUCAAUAAAACCAUCUCCAGAUCAAUAUUUAUAAGCUUUUUGUUUAUGACUUUAGUCAGUAGUAAUAGUAGUAAUAGGCAAAGCAGGGAGUAAUUUACAGAACUACCUCUUCACAGGCAUCAUCCAUUACAAAGAGUCUAAUUUUCAUGGAAUAGAUUGGCUCUACCCUGUUCCCGGCAGGCUUCGCUGAAACUGAAAGUUGAGGUGAAAACACUCAAAGUUCAAUCAGCGAAAGGAAUUUGUCAUUAAAAAAAGUUUGGCAUUGUUUAUUCCAUACUCGACUCUGAGCUCAAUGGUUUGGUUUGUCGAUGGAGGAACUUAGAAGAGAGUAAAGGUCUGAAAUAUCAAGUCACAUUUUCACAGAUAGCUGAAGCUCAUUGGGGAAUACCAAGUCAAGAUGCUCUACACAGUAGGGUCAGCAAUAGAAAGGGACUUGUACUUGUAUCAAAUGAUAACGUCAUGUCUUAUUUGAGUCAAGCAGGGCCAGUGCAGUGUGAAAACCAUUAGAAGUGACCAGAAAUGGCUUCCGUUGGGUCAGUGCCUGCGAUUCCCGUGCAGAGCUGGCACUUCCCCACUCUGUUAGUUGCUGCCACAUGGGCUCAAUCCAUUCACUCAUUUGAACCCAGUUGCUGCUACCUGCAUCUCAGCACGUAACUCCAGUCUUGUAUCAAGGCAUCCACUUUUGGGUCUGGGUCCAGAGAGGUCCUGAAGCGGUCAGAGGGAAAACUCAUCCUGAAGUCUACGGCUCGUCUCCCACACCAGAGCCCACUGCCUGCUUAUGCUCAUUACACCCAGACAAAGCAAGAUAUGCUCCCCUGCUCGAUCUCAUAGACCAGGACCUGAGAGUGCCACACAUUGAUGCACAAUGGAAUAAUGAUACUCACCCUUCGGGCAACUGACAGUGGGCGAAAACAAAAAAUUUGCACACACAAUUAGGUCAUUUUCAUGCCGUGAUGGACCAAGUUGGUGUGACAGGGAAUCCUAUGCCUGGACCUUUUGAAGUUUUGGACAAAGACUGUGAGAUGGAGGAUGAAAUGUUCACUUGGCUUAGCUAAGAUGACAACUGAUGCACAUGACUUAAUUAAUGUAAUUUCCUCACUUCUGUGUGUGGUUUUGUAUUCAAAACUGUAGUUGUACAGUGUGGGGUGGAGAUAGAGAAUGUGUUCUCUAUAUCAGUUGUUUGAAAUGUGUGAAUGGAUGGGAAAAUUUAGCUUGUCAUUGUCUGUGAUUAGAAGGGAUGAUGUCCUGAAGCCUGACUCACGGCGCUGUGCCGCCAGUCACGUCAACAUUCUCUCCACCAUGUUUGUUUUGGAUGGGGAACCCUAGAAAAAUAGUGACAGAUCAGACUGCCUAGGCAAGGUUUCCCGUACGCUUUUGGACUGGAAGCUAAUCUUUACGGCUCAUAAAGGUCUUUUGAGCCCCUCUCCAUCUUUUCCCAGCAAUGAGUAUACGAGCAACUGGAAAAUUUUAGAGAUUAGAUGAUUGUCACAGCCACGUAAAUGGCUAUUCCCUCACUUCCUCUUCGAUACAGACUAUACGUUGUAUUAGUAUCUUAAGCAGCUCCUCUGGAGUAUCAAAACAGAGGAAGUUCACAGAAACUGUCACUGGGGAGUUACUAUGGCUGAAUGACUCAAAGACCUGCUUAGUUGGCUUUAGGGAUAUGAGCUAGGAAAAAAAAUCACAUUAAUGACACACAUACCCUCAAAAAGGAAGAGAAAUUUUUAAUGUUUGCUUUCAGUGGUUCACCCCGUCAACCAGGUGAUCCUGUCAUGUAGGCUCACACCAUGUGGGCUUCCUGGAGCUGGGCGAGUGUCAACAUGUUUUAUAUGAGGUGCUGGAAAGGGAAAACCCUUCAGCUACACAAAGUGGUCUUGUGGGUGUGUUGAGGGUGGCAACCUAAGCUAAGACUAGAAACAUUUCCUCAAACUCUUCCCGAACAGCCAUACUGGGAUUAAUGUUCCAUUUUUCCUCCUGUUAAUCAUCAUUCAUUAGGUUGCACAGUACAGUCAAGCCUCCAGACAAGAGGCUUGAACAUAGACCUCAAGUAAGAGUGUGACAGAACAAACUGAUAACGGUGCAUUUAUAUUUUUUUAAUUAACCGCUACACACAUCUCUUUCCCCCAAAUCUGCUAAAGCUCCACUCCCUGAAUCUCAUGUCAGCGUUAGCAAAGCAGUUAUUAUAUAAUUGAUCAUGAGCAAUAAGGUUGGACUGUUACCGGCAAUUUUUAUUCCAUUCAUCAUCUAGAUAAUUGAGAGACUCAUCUGAAUUUACCAAAAAAUGUAUUUCUGACACACCUUAAAAUACCUGCAAGGAGUUUUUGAUUGGUUGAGAAACAGACUUAAAUGAACAGUGAUAUGUCUCUGUGAUAUAUGAAAACAAGUGAGACUAUUGAUGAGAAGUCUGACAAUUUCUGUGCCAUAAUUUUUAAUGCCUGUUGCUGUUGUGAUGGGGAAGGUGGGCUUAGCCAUGGUCAGUGAUCAGUUUCACUGUAAAACGACAACAGGGGGAGAUUUUUGUCAAUUAAUUCUGCUAUUACAUGGAUGAGCUGAAGCCAGCAAUGAUGUGCAGGUUACCACUUUGACCACAGGGGGUGCUGAAAUCAACACAGACAGAAAAAUCCUAACAGGAGCUUUAACAAAAUGUUUUCAAGUAUCCAGGCAAGGGGAUACAAUUUCAGAGAAAGAUGUACUGUAAAUGUUAAAUGGUUCCAGAAGCUGGAUCUUUACGGCUUAUGUCGCAUGUUAGAAAAUACGCUCACACAAAACUGCUAAAAAUGACAGUGCUUAACUGUGUAUGCUGCACACAAACACACACAAAAUGAGCUGGCACCAAGCUGCUAAUUCUGCAAGAAAGAAAGAAAGAAAGAGAGUUUAAGAAGCCUUUGUUGCUCUCAGACAGACGACAUCUUACUGCGAUUCUGAACAAAAUAAGUAAAAAGGGGAAUAAAUUAAAACUCUUGCAAAACUUUUAAGGGCUAGAACACUUCCUUAACUUUGUGAUGCCUUUAUGAAUGAAAUACGAAUGAUACAAAAAGAUUGAGUUACAGGAAAGUUGCGUGAUGGUAAAAUGUCAUUUUUUAAGGGUUAUGAAGUCUUAAAAAAUUUUGAAAGUGGAGAUUUAGAAAUUUGGAUGAUUUUUUGAGCAUGACCUCAAAAUAACAAAAUUAGUUUUAAAUGCAAAGUAGAAAUAGAAAUAAUAGUAGAAAUAAUUCUCGAAGGAAUUACAUGUCAUACUAACUUUUAGAGUUUGCACAUUGAAACGUGGCAGAAGUAAUGUUUGGUAAUGAAAUUAAUGAAAGUGCUAAAUAAUCAAGAAGACAUCAAAAAUUAAGAAUUUCGGCAUAGAAAAACAAAUGCUUUAGAUUCUGCAAGGCAUACACAGCAAUGAUCAAAGGACGUGCCAUUCAACAACUAUAUUUCUUUUGCCAAUUUAUGAACACAGUAAAAAAGUUGAGUAUAUGGCUUAGUUUAAAAAGUCUUUUAAAUUUUACUCUCUGGUUUUGGUUAAAAUUUGUCUUAAUAGUUGGGCAGAUAGCCAAGUGAUCUCAGCACUUCACCUGAAGGGGCUUUGGUCCUUGUUGUAGUGGCCGCUGAUUCAGUCUUUUGCUGCAUGUCUCACAGUAGUUCAUUUUCAUGCUUUUUUUUUGUAUUUCCAUUUUGCACAAUUUUUGAUUUGAGAACAAAGAACUACAAACACGUAUGAUGUCCUCCUAAAUGUGUCUUCCGGACGAUUGCAUUAACUUGUCAAUUCAAACUGUUCUCUUUGAGCUUGACCUCGGCAUACUGUAUAUUCAGGACUUGGACUACCUUAAAAGGUAAAGUUUAAUCGCUCUACCAAUCAGAGAGUUUCAGCUUAAAACAAAGUGAAAAUGACAACAACAACCACUGCUGAUUUCUGAGAAAUUUGCCCCAUGUCUUGGAAGCAUUUAUUAGUUGUAACAUUGCAAGUCAAAAGGCAUUGAGAAGAAAAGUGACUGAUGACAUAGCUGUUUUCAUUAUUAUUGAAUCCUACAUUUGAAUGCCAAAGAAACAUGUAUUUCUGAACAAAAGUGCAGUUUAGAGUUAUUUAAGUAUUCAUUAUAAAUUACCCAAUCCAGUACACAGACUGAUUACAGAAGUAUAACAAAACAAUACUGAAAUAAGAAUACACAGUUAUGGUGGUUAAAUCAGAUCAUGAUAGGAUUACUCAUUGAGUUCACUACCGUUCUGUGUUACUGUAUCCCUGCCUGCACGGUCAAAUGAACACAAACUGACAUUAGAAGUGUGUGCUACUGUGUAGUUGAAACUGUAAACAAACUUUCAAGUAUCAAGUUUCACUGUCUGAGGUCAUUACUGUAAAAAUAACUUAUGAUACAAAUCAUCUUUCAAUAAAUUAACACAACCAGAGACUAGAGUUUCUGAACACCGUAUCCAAAAUGUAUGUAAAAAAAAAAAAAUAUCAUAUGUCGCACUUUUUUUCAAUGAUAUAUCAUAAAUACAGAACAAUAAAUAUAAAAAUAAAUAAAUAAAUAAAUACAGACAUAGAAAAAAUUCCCUAAUGAAAUAAAGAAAACAGUUAGAGCUCAGUAGUCCUUUCUUUCAAAAUGACUGUAGGGUUGAUAUCGCCACUGCCUGAGUGGGAUGUGCUGGAGUUGAUGAUCAUAGACCCCGUCUCUUUAACAUCAGGCACGUGAAAGGAUGCCACAGGACAGGGGCCACGCACGUUGUUGCAGACCAGCUUUUGCAGAGAGGCGGUGUUUACGAUGUUGAAGCCCACGCUGCCCCCAAAGGUGCUUGGUUUCCAGUAUUCUGGGGAGCAGAUGGGGUUUCCCAUCAAGCCCUUGAGAGAGAAAGGGGCUCCCAUCUCGACCAUGGUCUCCCCAAAGAUUGCACUGGGCCGGGGUUUCUCCACCAGCAGACCUGGGUAGAGCUCCACAGCAUCGACAUGUCCGUACAUCUCCUCGAGGAUGGACGCCAUUUCUUUCUCUCCUGAGUAACAAAAAACAGGAUUUAGUUUUGAUCUGUUAUCUCUUAGCUGAAGCAGAUCUGGCUGCUAGACUAAAUAUGAGAGAUGUUUUGACCGAGUCAACUCCAGCAAAUUGUCACUGAAAAGAAUCUCUUUUUAAUCUAGCCCUUUAUCACACAAAGAUAUUUUCUCCCCUCAUACAUUAUAGUUAAAUCUUAAUCAUUGAAACGUCUUUUUUCUUCUAAAUCCUUGCCUCUGAAGCAGGAGGCCCUUCUGCUCUGUUUACGUCUGUGCUCUCUGUGAUGACAAUCUGCUUACACUAUCUUAGGAUGAAAUGAACAUCUGGUUCCCAAGAGUCACGGAAAUAAAUUCCUAACCUUCAACAUGCGCAACAGUGAAACCAAACAGUUUUUUAAUAAUACGUAGUCUAUGAACCAAGCUUUAAUCUGGAGUGUGUGGGUGUGUUUCUUAAGCUUGCAUGAAUUCCUGCGAUGAGCCUGGAACAAUGCUGCUAAUAAUAUGGCAGUAAUUUGGCCUGAGGCAGCAUUUCUUUUCACUUCACAUUGACAAUGAGUUCUUUCAUUACCACGUCAUGUCACUCUCCCCAACAAUUAGCAUUUGUAUGUGACUUUAUCUCACCUGUUAUGUCUUCGAAAGAGCUGUAGGGCUUCAUGCCGAAACGCUUCCUGUAGGCGUUCAGGGACUGGUAGUGCAUCUGCCUGCUGUUUUCAAUAGACUUAAUGGCCACGUGCAGGAUAGGUCCUGGGACAUUUCUGCCACCGGCAACCUUGAAAAAGAGGGAAAAAAAAUCAAUAAGCAACAGUGGUUCUAAAAACUUGAUCACAAUGUUGAUACUCGAGCUAAAACAGUCCUUACCCGUCCUGCAAUCUGCUUGGUGAAUGACUCCACAAGGUUGCUGAUGCCGUGCUCAGUCACAACAGACGUGUUAAAGACAAACUGUUUAUAGUUGUACUCCUGCUCCUCAAUGUGGAAAGUAUCGGGCAUCAGCGGGUGCCAGUGGUACAGGGUGUUGAACUCAGAUGAAAUGCGGUUCUGGUACUGGAAGCGCUGAUUGAAGAGCAGCUCGGGGUCAAACUUGAGCUUGAAGUGAUAGCCGCUCAGGUGCUGGACGUAGUCCUCAAUCACAAUCUUGAUGGUCUCUCCUGCAGGGAAAAUUGGUUUUAUAUGAGAUGAUGCAGGUACUAUGGUUGUUUAAAAAACUUGAUCUACUUUGAAGCUUCUGCUUUAUGUUACUUCACUUAGAUUUUUUUGUCAUCUGAGGUUCAAUCUGUAACUUACACAAGAGUGAUGUGGAAACUUAAAACCACAAGAGCACAAACUCUGACUCAGGAAAUCUAAACCUUCUCUGUAAUAAAACCAGGCAUUGGUAAAUACUUUUGAGAGUUCUUUUUUACUCUUUUAGCUUGUAGUCACAGAAGAAAGUCCCCAAACAAAAACCUCGACACUUCCUCCUUUGCGUAUCUCUUGGUUAAUCAUUACCAUCACAGUAGUGCUUGCUGCUUAACUGAGUGCAGUACGUUUGCAAGUGUGCCAUCAUAAAAAAAUUCUUCUUCCUCUUUUCCUAUCUGCGGUGUUAUCUUUAUUGAUUUCGAAAGCAUCACAAACCUUUUUAUCAUAGUUUUUCUGCUUCACCGACAUAAAUGUGCUUUACUUUUAGAAUUUUAUAUAAACUCACCGAUCAGAAUGAGUCGUGUGGUCUGAAAGAGCCUCUCAUCGUCCCAGUCAGGGUGGACCUCCUUUAACACGUCACACACCCGGUUGUGUUCCCGCAGCCAGAUGGUGGCGUACAUCAUCAGGCCUGGGACCAGACCGAAGGCCUCGUGGCCCACGGCAAAGCGGUGAGAGUCAGGGACAUGAGGGGGGUAGUGCAUCUCAGCACCCACUUCUUUAACUGUUGGGGGGUACAUUUCUCCAUCUAAGAUCUGCAGAGUUACACAAGAGGGGAUGAAACUGUUAAACACUUGGGUGGUCUGAAGUAUUUGACUGUUUAGAGUAGAGAGCAGCUGUGACUUGUCAUACCUGAUAUUUAAGCUUGCCAUCCUGAAAGAGUCUGAGCUUGUGCUGCCUCUCCAGGUUGUCUCCAUAAAUGUGGCCAAGGUCCACCUGAAAGUAAAAACAACAUUAACUCAUCUUAAACACCGACUAAUUCUCUUUCAAUUCAAAUCGAUUUCUAUUGUCUCUUUUUCCAGACUAAAUCAGAUUUAGCUUGUGACUUUCUGUGCUUACCCCAUGGCCUUUAGCGACGGUAAAAGCUGGCCCAUUUUUCAUGUCAGAUUUGAAGAACUGGUGGGUGAAAUGCUGUGCGAAGAAAGCAAACAUCAGGCUGGUUCCCUGUGGAUCGGGUAUGAACUUCCUUCUCACUAGAAGCUUCUCAGCAAGAACCUUAGCGUCGGGGAGCUCCUUUUUGCCUGGGGAAACAAUCAGAAACAGUAGAGUUAGCAGAUACGAUCUACUUUCCUGAUAGGGAAAGCUAUUAAAGGGGUUUUCUUUCACUGUGAAGUCCUAAGGCUACAUUGUGUAAAAUCUGAUAAAAAAAGAGGAUUUAAGUCCUCAAGUUUGGGCUUGCUGAAGCAGGUUUCGCUGCGUUCCCUAAGUACAUUUCCACCCUACCAAUAGCGAAGCGGGGUAAUUUCAAUAUAUGCGCUUCCUGUGAUGUAAUGGGGCCAAGCCACUCUGGCUCAGUAUUCAAGAAUCUGAGAAAACUGGUUCUCCAAACGUAGCGAGAGUGCACUCACCUACUACUCCCAUAGGGGUUGGGCAAUCCUCAGGUACAGGGGGGAGGGUACGUGUAUAGUAAGAAAGGUUUGAAUAGGCCUCCCAGCUUUUGUACCCAUAAUCCGCAUUGAAAGUUGGAGGACUAUCAAUCAGGUGGGAUCGGGCUGAAGAGAAAAAAAGAGUUCAACAUUAGUAUACAAGCCACAAAAGCUUCUUUACAACCUACAGUGCUAAUUAUUUGGUGUGCUGAUGAGCAAUUUUCCAUCAAUCUUUUCAUUUUGCCUUCAGCUAGUGAGUGCUUACAUGUCAGCACGUAUCUCAUGAUGGCGUUCCGGAGAAAUGAGAUGUUGUUGAUGAUGUUCCAGAAACCCUUGAAGUGGGUGAGAAGGUAGUGGACGGUGUUUGGAGUUGGUUUCAGGGUGAUUUUGAUCCAGGUGAAGAACUCAGCUGUAAAAACCAAGAGAGAAGAUUUAUUAUCAUUGGACAUUCAGGACCUUUUAGGUUUUCAGUGCACCACAUGUGUGCUAUUGACACUUACGUGUUGUGCAGUUUUGUCCAUAAAAUCCUGUUCGUGUACAAUCACACUCGUAGUUGUCUGCUCCAAGCGCUGUGCAAACGCCUCUGUUCUGACAUGGGUCUGAGCAACAUGGGUUACCUGUAAAACAUCAUAUGAAAUGUUCACUUAAGAUACUAAUCUGCCAAAAAAGCCUGGGCAUUAAUACAAAACAUCAUGCAUCUCUGUGAAUUAAGAUAUAGUUGAAUUGUGUUUUGUUCUUUUUGGCAAAAGCUAAUAAAAAUCAAUAUUAGAAGGGAACCAAUGCCAAGCAGUACAGUUCAUUUUAAAAUACUAUUAAUUGUGGCCUUUAGUAAUUUAGUUUUAAAUCAAUGCAAGAGCAAAAAGAAAGCAUCAAAAUGUGAAGUGUGGGGUCUUGUUCCCUACUUACCACCUUCGCAGACAAGAAAACCCAGUGCCAAGAGGAAAGCCGCGAGUGUAAGUCUGUUCAUACUCCAAAGACUUGUUCAGAGGUUCUUCUUGUUUCCUUCUCUCUCCUCUCCUUCGCUGCUGCGUCGCUCUGAAGCUGAAAGUUGUGAAUGCCGAAACCUGUGCGCGGCCCCGUUUUAUACAACCGGGCUGACGUCAUCCACACAAAAAAAAAAAAAAAAAAAAAGUCGCUCGUGAUUCUCAUUUACCAGAGUCGGACUAAUAGUCUAUUACUAACAGGUAUGAGAUUAUGAGGAAUCUCAUAUCUUUCACAAUUAAUGCCAUUGCAUGUCGAUGAUUGUAUGAUGUGUAGUUGUUAUCUUUGGCACCAGGAAGGUAGAAAACAACGUGCAUCUGAAACUCUUUCCCAUAUAUAGGCUGUCUCAGAACUUCUCAAGUAUUUUAUUUUUAUCUGAUCAAACGAACAACUGUGACUAAUAAGCCAUUGUAAUUGUUUUAACUCUAAUUCAACGUCUCUUACGAUAAAAGCCACCCUUUAGAGAGAAAUUAAUUAGAUUUCAAAGACUGAGUGUCUUCUUUUAUCUCGACCAUAAAGACAGUAAUCCUACAAGGGAGUGUCUAUAUUCGUAAUUAAUUAUACAAUUUGAUUUAGGAUGAAAUAUCUGUGAUCUCAUUCAGUUGAUCAUGGAGCAAAUACCAAGAAAACGCAUUAAAAUGUGAAGUAAUCGUUUUUAAACACUGGCAUCAGUCUCCUGACUUUAAUUUUAUAUGAAUUAUAAGUUAAAAUGACAAAACUUCUUCGGGGAUAUUCAUGAAAAAUGUGCAUUAAUUCAUGAUUAUUAUACUCAAUUCCAACUGUGAACUCCAAAGGGUCUUUAUGUGAAUGUUCUUGUCCUGAAAACAGCCAGACUGCCCCAGCAGGAGGUAUUUGACUAAUUGAAGUAUGUUCGGAGUCACCCCUGUGUCAUGAAUUAAGUUAUUCCUAUAUAUUGUUUAUCACGCCAUCCAAGUCUUUACGCGCCCUCAUGCGGACGUGGUUACGCUCUGGUGCUGCGCACUUGGAGAGGUGGAGAGCCACCGUCAGCCUUCUGCUUCCUCCGCUGAGUCAAAAGCUGACUCUUGCUCGGAGUUUCCUUACGCUCACCUCUUCAACUUUGCUCAACUUUUCUGUCGUACUUUAUUCUAUAUUUAGACAUCUACGCGUGGUUUUUGUUUAGUUUGUGUUUUUUUUUCCUCCAAGCUGUGGUCUGACAACGCAGGCGGUGAACCUCCCCCCUGACUGCCGGGUGUGCGGACCGUACAUCUGCAGACGAAGCACCUCCUCCGGCUUCAGCCCUGCUGUGAUGGAACGAAACUUACGACCAGCAUGGCACAGUUUUCAGGAUUUGUGAGUUGAGAGCACUCCGGUUACGGUAUGUUUCAGUUUUCCUCUCCAUUGUUUCAAAGAGGGUUUGAUAAGUAGGAGAGGGCCGUCCGUGUUUGUCCCCGUUGCUCUCUUGUACACGGUGAACUCUUCAUUUUACGCAACUGUGUGGAUAAGGAAACUGAGAGCGCGCUAGUGCUAACUUGCAGUUUGAGAGAACUUUGUCAGUGCUGUUAGAGCUGUUCGUUUUAAGAUCUUAUUACUGUGGCACAUCAGAGCGAACAGAUGCAAACGUAUGUGCAGUGAGAGAGCGAAGUCCUCUUAAUCUGAUUGUAUUUUAUUUUCUUUUAUUCAUUGUACUUCAUCAUGGUUUGCAACAUUGCAAAAAAAGCUUGUUUAUCUUUAUCAGUUAUCUUUACUUCCAUUACAGCAUUAAAAUCCCGGCUUGUUGCAAAGUCAUGCUUUUAAAGCUUUGACCCAGACUGGCCUGCUUAUACAUUCAAGAAAAACCUGUUUUUAUAGUGGCCUAAUAACAAGUACUGAAUGAACUGGAGUGUCACAGUGUAAUGUAUAUUCCAUUUUUACUUUAGGGAAAGACAUAGUCGUUCAAAAGUAUGAAAAAAGUGAGAUUCAUGCAGGACUUUGCUGGAAGAACAUUCAUAUAUGAGACUGAUGACAAACUUUAUUCCUCAAAAAGCUAGUUACUGCAGCUGCUUUGCAUCAUGGCCCGGAGCUGUGUCCCUCUCUCAUACAUUGUGUCCUCAUAUGAAAAUUUGAGUACCGUGAAGUCUCUGGGUUAUGUCGGCACACGCACAGGACUCAGCAGCAGCCUGUACUGCAUGCUCCCAUUGUACGCUGCAGAACAAGGGCAGAGUGAACUGGCACUUUGAAAAGUUGGACCAGUGAUGCAAACUACGUGACUGUUUCUGUGAACACACAGACUCUCUACGUGCUCUCGGUCCUCUCAGUAAUGACACGCUUUGGUGCACAGCUGAGAAAAGGCUCGCUGACCUUGAUAUGCUAUCACCAGGACACAUACACAGUCUCACACAAACCAAACUACAUGCAAAUUCCUUAUCAUAUGUUUGUGUUCGACCAUAGUAGAGGAAGAGGGAGCCUGAAUGAUGCUAAAAAUAAUAACAACCUUCCCUCGAAUGUACACACCAUAUAUCAGACUGUGUCAUACAUUGAACACACAGUACCUUUGUUUUGACUUAUCUUUCAGCAUCUUUUGCCUGAGUUCCCCGUAAUACAUGUGCAAGUGCAGGGCUUGAACUCUCACAUAUAAACAGUCUCUACUCACCCAGUGCUCUAUAUAGAAAUUUGUGGCGAUGUGUAUUUCUCCUCAAGGGUGGAGGUGCAAAAUGUUUCAACAGCGGUCCUAGCUUUUUACAGAAAUAUCCUACUGUGAUAGUCCUGCUGUAGACUGAAGACAUCUCGCUUCAUGAUCCAUUUUUUGUGAUCUGUUUUUAAUAUAAGACCUGUUUACCUGCCUAAGUUUCAAUCCUACAUCCUGAUUGAUGAAUAAAUGUGUUUGUUUCAACUUCCAGAUGCUCUCCUGAGUGACAGCUGAUUUCUUGACAUUUACCUCUUUGAGUUUAACCCGACUCCACACAAUGGCAUCCAAUAUAAUUGUGAGUAUUUACACAGGUAGUGCUGAGUGUUAUUAAAAGUACAAAAACGGCCACAUUUUAACAGCAGUGGAGAGACUGCAGGUUAAAUCACAACACAAAGUCUGUUUUGAAACAAACACUUCAAUGGUAAGGCCUUUGUCGGUAUCGCUGCAGUGAAACACAAGGGUUAACGUGAGCUGUAUUCAGAGGCACAGAUUGGCAUUAGAUAAACGGUAUGGCAUAAGCAUUCUCAGUUUUUUUAUCACAGUUUUGCAUUUGUGAAAGUGUUUGAAAACAUUGCGAAAGGUGAAACGUAUGACACAGCUGUUAGUCUUCUGUGACGUCUUGUGGCCCUUGUGUGCACCUAGCCACACCUUAAAAUUGCUGGAAAUGUUAACAGAUAUCAUAAAUUUUAAAUAAAAGACUCACUGCUGUCUUUGUUCUUUCAGUGGCUUAACUAAAAAGAAAAAAAACAACAACGCUGAAAAAAGGCAAAACAACUUCUGUUCUUAAUCCAGCAUGUGGGCUUUGUGAUGGAUAUCUAUGUAAGACAAAGACGGCAUUUAGAGGAGGUUGACCUCCCAACCUCUUCUUUUUUUAAGUUUAUCACUUUAAGGAAUGAAUCCUUCAGUACAAAGUUCAAAAAGAGAUUUAAAAGGAAAUUUCCAUUGAAAGAUUUAGGCACCAAAAACACACGUAAUACUGGUACCUAAAUGCAAUCAUAGAAAGCAUAAAAAACUCUGUAAAAGUCGCCAGAGGAAUGUGCGAAAUGGUGUAACAAAGCAACAAGACAGAAGCAGAAAUCUAAGACCCUGUUGUAACCAUUUGGACAGAAGAGCUUUUACGCUGUCAAAAAAUAUGAAGUCUGUUUACUAUAGUUUAGUGGUGCAAUAAUGUAUUCAGUGAAGUUUAAAGUGGCUGUCAGAUGUGUUCAGUCUGAAGUGGAGACUAUUUUUCUCGCUGCAUUAUCACUCGCAAAGUCUGAGCGCAUGAAUGUGCUCUGGGUUGCAUUGACGGUGUGAACUCUCUUGAUUUGCAUAUUAGCCUGAGUUGAGUUCUUGCAAGUAACUGCAUAAUGAUGUGGUGCCAAAGCCUGACAGUGUUGAGGUGCAUCUCACCACAAGAGUGCAGUAGAAAAAGUUGGUUUAAAUGAAGAAAUUAAAGUUCAGAUUUUCCGCUUCAGAUUUGAUGAGGUCAAUAAAAACACCCUUUUGAGAUCGUCUAAUAGUCUGUGUUGUCUAGUUGUCACCGCCUUGUUCUCAACAGUCUUUUUCUCCCACUGCACUUAUUUUCAAAUUUCAGGAAGUUUUAAAUCAUUAACACUAAUAUCAGAUCCCCAGGCUGAGACUGCGUGUUUUAAAAAUUACUAUUUUCCAGAAUUAUCUUGUUAGAACUAACAGAGAAGUGAACUAGUACAACCUGCCAAAAAGGCCAGAUGUUGCUGUCUGAUAGACAUUUGACUCAGCACUGAGCCCUGAUAUCAUAUUUCCUUUUCACAUUUUUAUGCAUAAUGAGGUAAGAGUCCUCUGUGUGUGAUUUGUAUCUGUAGUCCUAGUUAUCAAAGCGUUUCGGCUGACUUUCACACGAUUAGCUGAACUGAAUGAAUGUUGUUUUGCAGGUGGAACAGCAGUUUUCUCACAAAUUUACAGUGACGGUGGUUCGAGCUGAGAGUGUCACCAAAGGAGCCCUGGGUGACCUGUGUGAGUGCCUUUCUUUUUUUUUUAACCUCUCUUUUUUUUUAACUACAUUUUUUUGUAAAUCAUUCGGAACAAGCUGCGGGUAGCUACAUGUUUCUUUCUGCUACUUUCACGGGAACUGCAUCCAUUUGGAGGAAAUCCAGCUCAAAGUUAACUCUUGACUAGAAAUGCUUCUUUUGAGUUGGACAGAAUCCAAAUGUUUACAUGCUGUGUGGAGAGACACUAAUCUGUGUGUGUGUUCUUGUGUUUGUGUUUGUACGUAUGCAGUGGACACUCCAGAUCCAUAUGUGGAGCUUUUCAUCCCAACAGCCCCAGAAAGCAGAAGAAGGACGAAACACAUUGAUAACGACAUCAACCCGAAAUGGAACGAGACGUUUCACUUUAUAUUAGACCCGAACCAGAACAACAUCCUGGAGGUGAGAUCUGCUUUUGUCUAGUGUAGUUUAAACUGGGUUAGAAUGACAUUUAGGAGUGUAGUGUGGCAUAGGUUAAAAAGAUGUGAGAUAAGUAGUAUCAUUUUAGAUUGUUUUACAUCGUUUUGUGGUCACUCCAAAAAUAAAAGAGUUUGCCUCUCUGAACUGGUACUCAUGACGGAUUCUAGCUAUUUUUGUUCUUGUUUAAGCUGAAACACACAUCCCCCAAAAUAAUGCAUAGUAAUUGUAUUUAACUUCUGUUUUUUAUUCUUCUUAGCUGACACUGAUGGAUGCAAAUUAUGUGAUGGAUGAGACACUUGGGACAGCAUCCUACGACAUCACCAAGCAUGGAAUAGGCCGGAAAAAGACCGAAGCUUUCCUUAUUGGCAAAGUAAGACAUUUGACUAUGAAUUGAUUUCUUGAAGGCUGGCAUUUUUAAAACUUGUAAGAGUUUCCUUUGACAGGGAGUUGGUGAAUUUUAAUAUAAAUUCAAGUUUUAAAUAUGUGAUGAAAUAAUUAAUGAGUAUAGACACAUAAGGUAUACUGAGGUAGAUUGAGACAGCAUUUAGGGGCUGCAGUUCAGUACUUCAGUUAGGAAACUGCAGCUGCUCAAAGUGCUUGUUUUUAAAACACACAGACCUGCGUAGGACACAGAUUUUAUGACAGCAUUUUACUGCCAACCAUCACCUCUGACUUCACUGUUUUUCAAAGACAUAAUCUGAGUCCAAAACACAAUCCCACAGACCUACUUACCUGCCAGUGAAGCUCUAGAUCAGUAACUCCCAUCUUUUGCUAAGUGGGAUUUAUGUAUAUAUGAAUGUAGUUUGAAGAUCACAUGGUAGUGGUAGCCUCCCCUGAUUCAAAAAGUCAAUCAUUUAUAUUGUAACGUUAUUUUUAAUUAAGAUGUCAGACAGGUUUGAUAAUAACCUGAGCUGUUCAGGAGAAAAACCAAGUGCAGAGGAUUACAUCCUAGCAGAUUAUAAUCUGCAUGAUUAAAGUCAUUCACAGUUUAAACUCCAAAAUAUUUAAAAACAUGUAAAUCAUAAGAAAAAAAGUGGUUGGCCUCAUCCCAAGGCAUAAGAAAGAGUUUGAAGAAGUUGACUAUAAAGAAAUGUAAACCUUAUGUGUUCCUUAUUAUUUAAAAUGUUGUGUUACAUAUCACCCAAAAAUAUGAUUUUAUUUGUGACACAUUUUUUGUUUAUCAGAAUAAGUGUUUUAAAUGAGCUUCAUAUUUACCAGAUAUGUCUUUGUUUUUGACAGGCAACCAAAGUCUACUUGGACCUGUCGUUGGAGAUCUGGUUUGUAUUCCAUUCAAAUAUCAAAAUUUGUCUCUCUAAUUCUAUCAAGUUUUACUGCAGGAACUUUUACACAGUUUGUUUUACAUGACUUGUCCGCUCAUGUUUAAAAUAUGAACAAUAACUUGUUUAAGAGUCAGCAUCACAAUACACAAGGGUUUAGGAAGUCAAAGGAAUUACCCUGGAGCGUUUUAGAAACUGAAAUUAGAACUUAACCUGCAUGACUCAGUAACGACAGGAUACCUGUGAACUUAAUAAAGGGUUAAAAUACGAAACGAUUCCUGUGACAUCCCUGUAGUGGAGGGUUUGGACGUUCCUUAGAUGUUUCAGGGUUUAGUAAUUUUGAGAUGGUGCGCAGUAAAAGAGGAGAGACCAUGAAUGUCAUUGAGUAUGUUUCACAACAAACCACUUAAGGUAGACCUGAGGUUUCAACAUCAUUAGGAAAGUCAAGCAGGAAUUUCAUCCAUGUCUGUGAUUGACUCUUUGUCCUCAUAUUACCUCUCUUUUUGUUUUUGCAGCACCAAGCUAGACCUGAGGUUCAGUCGCGCCCUCUGUGAUAAAGAGAAGCAGUUCAGACAGACCCGCAGAGAGAGAGUGAUGCUGGGCAUCAAGAAGCUCUUGGACAUGGAGAAGCCUCGCUUCCUCCCCAGCUCUCCAGAGGAGGUGAGACUGAAGCAAAAACAAGUUUGAGUAUAAACUGAGAAUAAAUUCAACUUGCAUUUCUGCUGAACAGUUUUUGCACCCUGGUGAAAUAUCUCAAUUCUUUUGGUAUUUACACAAAUGGUUUAUCACCUGAAGACUGGGUCAAGCUAGCUGUUUGAUCUUCACCUUCAUGGUACCAAUACUAGCUUAGCUUUUUGUCCAACGAGUAUACAACGAUACCUCUUUCUGUCUUUCACGUCAAGGAAAGCAAAUAAGUGAAAAGUUUUAAGUUUAGUUAUGUUCUUUUGAAUAUAAUAAAGGGAAGCCUGCAGACUUGUUAAGAGAGUCAAUUCAGUUUGUAGCUAGGCCUGAAAACGACAUCUUGCACACUUUUUUUUAGCAUGUAAGGUAAGCUAAACUGGCUCUCUCUUUUUUUGCUAGCUAGUUUUCACUCCUCACCUAAAAGCAAAGGUGGCAUCUGCAGCAGCUGCUAAACCUUUUUACCCCAGUAUCCACUGUUAGUUUCUGGGAAGUGUAUAUCGAUUCUCUCUGCUGUGCUGAAUUUGGUAGAAUAAUAAGAUCAGAAACCAGUUGGUUCACUGUUUUUUUUACACACCCAUUAUAAGAAAUGACUUAAGUGACUCUAGCCUCUUAACGACACAUUGUUUAAAUGUAAUGUGUGUCUUCUGCGGGGUCUCUCGUUCCAGUAGGCUGCAAAUUUGUCUGCAACCAACAAGUGAGAACAACAGAAAAGAAAGCGAAAAAAUCAUGCAAAUAUUUGUGGUGUAUAAUUCAACCAGACUUGCUGCGGACUUGCAAAAUUCUCAGCUGUGAUGUACUUUUCCCACACAGUAUUUUCUCACCUUAUAGCUGCUUGUCGGUCUCACACUGGAAAGAAAACCAUACCACAAACCUCUCUACACUCGCUCCUCCUCUGGGCUGAGCUAAGAAACAGAAGUUUGCUUUUUUUUUUACUCUUUAUUUUUUUAACUUUUGUGGUUUUGGCUAGCCGUCCUCGGGGUUGCCUGUAAUCUCCAGGCAGGCUUGCUCAUAUUUUCAGCAUGUAGCGGAAGCUCCAGAGGAAUGAGAUAACCAGCUGCUGCUUCCACUACGCUGCAACAUCUCUUAACUCCCUACUCAGCAUGAGCCUCAGGAAAAAAAAACUCAGAAUAUUCAGAACUGACCAUGAGAUCAACACCAACUGCAGAGAGGAAGCGGUGUUGCGUAAUUAGAAUUAUGAAAUUGUUGAAAAUCCAAAGGCCUAAGCUUAAAAAUCUUACAAAGACGUGACGUAAUUUGCAUUGGCACAAUCACUGUAUAGACUCUCGAGAGUGAAGUUACUCAACCUGUAAGAAUGAGGUAGAAUGAAUGUGAUUCUCCACGCUGUGUAUCAUGUAAUUAUGCAAUUAGGCAGGCAUCUCUCUUCAUUCUUUGUAUUUUUGUGUGUACUGUAGGUGCCAGUGAUCGCUAUUGCGGGCUCAGGAGGUGGUUUCCGUGCCAUGGUAGGAUUCUCAGGUGUAAUGAAAGCCUUGUUUGAGUCGGGGGUCCUGGAUUGUGCCACAUAUGUCGCCGGGCUUUCAGGAUCGACAUGGUUAGUUAGUUUCAUCUCUCCUCUUAUUACCAGUUUUUACAUUUUCCCCUCUCUAUUUACUUUUAUUUCCAAAGCCUCAUAAGCUUUUUAUCCUUAUCCAUCUUUGUGCUGUAUUUAUGUGUCUCCGUUUUCCUCUGACUGACCUUCUGUGUUGCCUCCUCACCUCUCUGGCAUACUUUCGUGCAGCUGUCAUCCAGUAAGCAUCUCUGACCUACAUCCGUGUUCAUCUUUGUGUUUGCCAAAUAACUUUACUCCCUUGCAGUACCUACAAUACCUGCAGCAUAAGUCCUCUAGAAAGGAAUAUUUUGUGCAUUUUUUGAUUGUAACAAACAAGUUCUUUACAGACUUUUUUCUUUCUUUUCCUGCAGGUAUAUGUCUUCUCUGUACUCCCACCCAGACUUUCCAAAUAAGGGCCCAAAGGACAUCAAUCAGGAGCUGAUGAACAAGGUCAGCAGUAACCCUUUGAGGCUGUUGCUCCCACAACACAUCACCAACUAUAUCCAAGCCCUUUGGACCAAAAAGGCCACAGGGCAGCCUGUAACCUUCACAGACAUCUUUGGUAUGCUUAUAGGAGAGACGCUUAUACCUGCGGUAAGAGUCACUCGACUGCUGUUUGUUUACAUUUUCUCCUUUUUGCUCGUCUUUUCUUAAACAAGUCUUGAAAACUAACUCAUUUCUGUUUUCUAAUCUUGUGUAUUUUACCUUUCAUUUUUACUUUACCAAACUCUAUCAAGUCCACUUAUCAGGGCGUGAAUGUAAGUGACUUUAAGACUUUGUUGCCCCCCCUUAUAGAGAAUGGACAUUAAGCUGAGCAGCAUCCAGGAGAAAAUAAACCAAGCCCAGAGUCCUCUUCCUCUCUUCACAUGUCUGCACGUCAAGCCAGAUGUUUCUGAGCUCAUGUUUGCAGGUAAAUCUCUGACCAUCUGCACAUGCAGUUAGGUCAACAGUGUGUGAGAACGUUUUUGCAUGUGUCAUGAGUGACUAAAAAGGUGAGUUUAGCCACAAGCAAAACAACCCAGCGGUACUUAUUUCCUUUUAGUGCUACCCAGCAGCGCAAAGAGGAUGUGUCAUGACGUUGUGAGCUGUUAUUGCGCGAUAGUUUCCUACACGGCAACUGUUUAAUAUCAAGGAACUAAGUGGUGUGGGCAAGGUCAAAACGGUCUGGGUUAGUCCAAUGUUGUAUACUACUUCCCCAUAGUUUAUGAGGCCUUCACAGCAGCUGUCCACUAAACUGUAGUGAAACAGACUCUAUAACAGGAAGAGAAAAAAGGAAGAGCAAUGACACCAUGUGACCUCAGACAGAUUUAUGAAUAACCAACAGCUCAUAAACAAAAUAUAAAAUAAUACUGCGAGACUUAACACAGAGAGAGAGAGAGAGUAGAGAUCCUCUGUUCAGAAGAAAUAGGAGACUGACUCACCAUACCGGCCUUUCCGAUAAAAUCUUCAUAUCCUCAUUCAUUGGAUGACACCACACACUCAACUUGUUUGUGUUGAAAACUCGAGGAAAUCUUCCUGCCUGUGCAUCAAGUUCAAUUGUUUUAGAAAACGUUUAUGCAUUAAUGUUAUAGGUUAUGAGGAGUCAAAAGACAACAAACAUGUCAAGACGCAUAUGUGACUGCUGCCUUGGGAGUGGUAGUGUCACUUUGACAUAUUUCUUAUUGAUAUUAUUUUUAAUGUCUUAUCAUCACAGCUUUACUUUCAAACUAACCAUCGAAAGGAGGAUAUCUAAGUGCAAUGUCAUUAAAAGCAUUUCCAUUUUUAGAGCCAGUUUGUGACCAAAGGUUCGAAUCGUGUAGCUACGGAAGAACUUAGUGUUUGUGGUGAUCUUUACACCCUCGUUUAUCUCUCUGCAGAUCUAGUCCUGCGUCUUUAGGUCAUGUUUUGCUGCUAAAAGAUCAUCCUGCUCUCUGUAACCCUCAAACCUUUUACUCAGUGAUGUGUAAAAAAGACUGCUUCUUCAGGGUGCUGUCAGUCAUCUGGACUGACACCUACCUCCUCACAGCGUUUUCAGGCAGCAAAAAUGUAAAUACAGAAAUUGUCAGUCUUGUUGCCGAUGGCCUUGUUUGCUUUUGUAGCUGAUAAAAAUCCACUUUCAGUCUGUUGUACAACUUUAUAACCCUCCUUAAAGGGCGCUUCAAAUCCACCUGAAAGCAUUGGUGAUUCACUUGACUUGUAUUUGACUCUUACUCUAUCAAACUCGGCCACUGUCUGCUCUAUUCUGGCUCUUUUUUUACCUUUUAAAUUGAAGUCUCUAACCUUUAAAAGCUGGUGAUACAGGUUUGGUUGUAGAUUUCCUGAUAAUACUCUGCUCCUCUUUCUACAAUUAAGUCAGUUUCCCAAGAUUCCUAUGAAGCACCACCUGUAUUAGUCAGUGAUGAAUAUUCUUUCAGCAUUGUGACCAUAUGUGAUACAUCUCUGUUACACUAACACUGAUUUCACCCUGCAGACUGGGUGGAGUUCAGCCCGUAUGAAAUUGGCAUGGCGAAGUAUGGCACCUUCAUGACCCCUGACUUGUUUGGUAGCAAGUUCUUCAUGGGAACUGUCGUGAAGAAGUAUGAGGAAAACCCUCUGCAUUUUCUCAUGGGUGAGGCGGAUGUUUUUAAAGAAACUCAAAGGUCAAAGCAUUUUCAAUGAGUAAUGUUUGUAACAAGGAUUUAUUUCAUUGUGUCAGGUGUGUGGGGCAGCGCUUUCUCCAUCUUGUUCAACAGAGUCCUGGGGGUCAAAGACACAGUGGGUGGCAGCACCAUGGAGGAGGAGUUAGGUAAUCCUCAUUUGUCCCUUCGAUGUGUUUUAUUUUUGCUGGAGCGAUUGAAGCAGAUUUAUAGAUUUUGUUGGAAGGAAAUGUUCAAUAAAGUUAAAUGCAAAUAACUUAAAUGAGAUUCUCGGUGACAACACAAUGAUGCAAUUAUUAAAAACAACCCCACCACCAAGGCUAUGUGUAGAGCCGAUGACAAUCAUCCAUCAUUGAUGUUAAUUUCUCCCACUUUCAAGAGCACAUUUGAACACCCAAAGCUUAAUUUGAAGAUAUAAAUGAACUAAGCGACUCUAUGUUAUUGCUGUAAGGAAAAAUAAGGUCCUAAAAAGAUGAUCAGAAUCACCCCAGCAGUAUAUCGAUGACACAUUUUUACAUAUUUUGAUCUUCUGUGUCUGAAACGUGAUCCUUGGCAUGGGUACUUUGUCAGAAUAGUUGUAGGUGUUUGUUUCCAGGUAUUGCCAUUGUCUGGUUUCUGUGUACGUAGAUCUCCUGAUAGGAUUCCUCAUGAUACACCCUUCCACUGAAACUGACAUUCAGCUCUGCUUGUGAACAUACCAUUGCCGGUCUUUUCUUACCUUUGCAACCUGGUCUCGUGCCAAACUCAUUUUCACACACAUGCACACCUGCAGGUAUCCUAAUACCUUUAAAAAUAGCCUGAUAACCUAAUGUUAUCUUAGCAGAUUCUAAAUGUUUAUCACGAGUUUGUUUUUAUGAUGUUGCCACAACAGUGGGAAGGUAUCGGCUUCCAGUGUGUAUCCUGGGCGCUCAUCGGAUGUUUGUUUUUGGUUGAAUGCACUUGUUUGGGGUGACCUUAAAGCAGUCAGGAACUCUCUGUCAAUGCAAUGGUUGUUCCGCAGUGCUAAGAUCAUCUCCACCCAGCUUAAGAAUGACUUCAUCAGACCUAUUGCGUUUCUCCAGUAACUUAUUUUUAAAGAGAUUAACAAUAGAUGGAGAUUCGAUAAUGUCACAUGACUAAGCCAACCCUUUUUUCAGGUGAAGUGUUUGUUUAGAUAAAAUGAGAUUAUCAAGCUUUCUUUUGAACCUGAUGAGUGAAGCUGUCUCUUGUGUUUUACAGAGCAGAUUAAACCUCAGCACAUCGUGGGUGAAGACAGCCUGGACAAUGACGAAGAACCACGUAAAGGUGAGCUAAGACCAUGAUUCACGUGAAAGGCCUACAAACAGACACCUUCCUGUAGAAACCUGUGACUUUGAGUGUUUUCAGUCAACAUUUUAACACUUUGCAGGCUGAGGGAGAGAAGGUCAAUGUCUUAACACAUUUUUGUGGUUACGUUAUCGUUUUUAUCCGUCCAUGUGUCACAGCUGCGGUUCCUGUCAGGAAGAGGGGUGUCAGGCUUUAACUUUUGACGCCCUGAAAAUGCCCUACUUUGUCUUGUAAAUGUUUGCUCUUCGUGAUUACAUCAGUACUAAUAUAAAAUAAUGAUUUUAGGGGGGAUAGGCUUUUUCUUUGCAAGUGUUAGCUUUGGCUGCGUUUCUAAAGAAAUAAAACCAUAAAUAAUGAAAGAGAGGGGAAGGGUGUUGGUUAAAAGCAGACUGUCAAUUUGAAGAACUUCCUUUGAAGAUAGGAUCAUUUCUUUCUUUACACAAAGAGUGUCGAAGGCUAUAUCUGUACUCUUGAUCUUGUGGCACACUUCACACUUCUGCCUCUCACCAGCCUUCAAAAACGUUAUAUACAGUACUUCAUAAAAUGGGUAACCAUACACAAAUAUUUUAGUCAUUCACAAAAUUGAGAUCAUUUUGGGAAAAAGCUUAAAGUUUAACAAAGACCCAAAAAACAGCAGUACUAGGUCUUAUACCUGCAAGCAUAGGUGGCAAAUAUUGUUAAAUGCAUCACAAUAAAUGGUUCAAACUUUACCAUCCUACAUACAAUAAGUAGAUAGAGAAGGUAAAGGAAAUUUGUUGUAUAGAAAAAUAACGAACACGUCCUCUCUAGAUGGAAACCUGCUGACUCUGUACUUACGUAAUGAAAUGAUCUGAGUCCAAUCCACUCACAGUUUAAACUUCCCCUCACUCAUCUGUAAACACCUAUCAACACAAACAUCUAAUCAUGUAAAUAUAAACAUACACUUACAAGCAUGCACCUUUCCUCCCCUCCUUUCAUGUAUUUUAACCACCAUAUUCUCUUUUUUCUUAAUUUUGCAUGUUUAUUUAUUUUGCCUCUGAUCACACACUAUGUAUUAGUGAUCUUUGACCUCUUUAGAGGGAUUUCACCUAACAGGUUUAGGUGCAGUAUUUUUGCAAGAUCUGCUCCUGUUCGUUCAGAAAAGGAUUAAUUUUCUAAACACUACAUUAAUCUUAUUUUACAACAUUUGAUAACACUUAAAAAAAUAUAAAAAUAAAAGCUUUUUUUGGUAUACCUACCCCCUCACAGCAGUUACAGGCAUGAAGAAAUACAAAUAAAAAAAUUGACUUCAAUUUUGUCAUCAAUAGUUCUAUUUAGUGUUGUAAGUCAUAAAGAUGCACCAUUGGUCAUUAUAGUCCUUUUUCAUGUUCAGUCAUAGCCUGUCAAAAACUCCUCACAGGAGCUUUAAAGUAACAUGGUAAAGUCAUACUUAAUCAUGUUGCUAAUGUUUUUAGUGUUAUUAAGACGUUCUUCAAUUUUAAAAUCACAGAAAUUAUAACAUCGUAUGAUUCAUUGAAUGAGCUCUUUAUGACCCUUUAUAACUGCAUAGAGUUGGGGUGUUAUAAUUGGUUUGAAAAGACCACUGGAAAAAAAACACUGCAUAAAAGUUGCUUUAAGUGGUUAUAAAUGCUCAUAAUUGCUCAUAGGGGUUGUUAUAAAAGCUCAUAAAUGCCUUUAUAAGGCUUAAUAAAUGUGUUUAUUGUGCAUUAUAAAUAAAGUCUUUUCUCGUAUCUUUCUGUCAUUCAGUUGGGACAGAGAAUCAGGAGGCAGAAGACGAGUACCAUCGCACCGCUCAGGCCAGCUGGGUUCAACGAAUGUUCACGUCUCUCUUCAGUGACUCUGCCCUAUUUAACACACGAGAGGGCCGAGCAGGGAAGGUACCAGACUCAGUAAAGAUACAAGAAAUUAUAUUACUUUCUGUUUUGGUUUGGUCUGCAUUCUGACGUAAGCUGUCCUGUUUUUAUUUGUGCAACAACCUGCUGCCUGGUCUCUCCAUCCAUCCCGACCUCACCUUGUCGCCAGGUGCAUAACUUCAUGUUGGGCUUGAACUUAAACACCAACAUGCCGUUCUCUCCAUGCGGUGAGGUCACAUGCCACGCUCCCACACCUGAGGACGAGGUGGACGCUGUCACAGGUAACAAAAAUAAAUGACUGUGAAUUUUAUGAUGUUAACUUUUGUGGCUGAUUAUUUAUGACAGCAAGAGUGUUUGGAAACCCUGUGCAGACACAAGAAGUACAAUAUUGCGUCUAUAAAUAGAUGAGAAUAAGUGAAUUUUAAAGGACUUAGUAAAUUGAUGCAUGUGAACAUUAUAUAUUUAGUGCUGGCAACCAAACCUAAAUAACCACAGCAUGAUGAGUCCAAACCUGUAUCUGCAAAUUCGACAUUUUCCUAUUUACACACUUAAAUGGAUUUGCGCUAGACUGAAACAACACUCUUUAUGGUGGAAAAGCACCUCAAAAGUCAGACAAAGUAUGAACUUUGGUGAUUAUUUUCUUAAACUUCUUUCAUUAAACAUGCAGCCAUUGAUGAAAUAGCACUAAGUGUGGUUACAAACAAAAGUCUCCAAAAGAGUUAGGUGGAUCCACCGAUACUGAAUCAAAAGAACAUCAGGCGUGGUUUAAAAAAACGAAAGUGUGUCACCCAGCCCUUCUUUCUUUGAAAAUUACACCACUUAAUAAUGACGGAUUGGUUAAGAGGGUCAGUCAUGUGGAACAAGUUUUGGCUGCAGACAAUAACUAUUUCUCGAUCAUGUUCCCGUGUCAAUCAUUUCUGUCUCAUCUCUUUCUCAGACCCGGAUGAGUUUGAUCGCAUUUACGAGCCUCUGGACGUGAAGAGUAAGAAGAUCCACAUAGUGGACAGCGGUCUGACCUACAACCUACCUUACCCUCUCAUUCUGCGAACCCAGCGUACCGUGGACCUUAUCAUUUCCUUUGACUUCUCUGCACGUCCCAGUGACUCCAGCCCCCCAUUCAAGGUCUGAGUCAGAAACUUAAUUCUAUUCAUUCGUUGAAACUGAUCUGUGCAGAUGUAUAAUCAUAGUCCCUCUCUCUUGUGUAUUUUUGUUGCAGGAGCUCCUUUUGGCUGAAAAGUGGGCACGAAUGAACAAGCUUCCCUUCCCUAAGAUUGACCCUAAAGUCUUCGACCGCGAAGGCCUGAAGGAAUGCUACGUCUUCAAGCCAAGAAAAGGGGAAAAGAACUGCCCGACUGUCAUCCACUUUGUCCUGGUCAACAUCAACUUCAGGCAAUUCAAGGCACCCGGUGAGUAUGUGCAUGUGUUGGGAGGAAAAUAUGCCAAGGCUCUUUGUGUAAUUAUCCUAAUAGUGCUUUACCGUCAUGGCACAUGAGGCAUCCUUUCCUUGAAUUCCUUGCGCACUGGAAUUCAACCAUAUUCGGUCAGCAGUAGGCAGAUUUUGAAGCUGGGCCUCUCGACUGGGUGACCCCAAUAAAAAUGUUUCUGCCCACGUUGGAAAUGGUACGCCUGUCUUCAAGCAUACCUGCAGUUUACUUAAUAUGAGUGUGUGUGCAGAUGUGAGGCACAGUGUGUUCAGUGUUUCAUGAGCUGCUCAGAGUGAGUUAUGGUUCCUUAAGGAGCCAGGUGCUGGCUGGGAAUCUCUCGCUCUAGUGGGAGAGCUCUGUGUGUAAACAGGCCGUAUGUCAUGAGCCAUACUAAGACACACUAACGUCUCAUCUCCAAUUCAUCUCCACCUCUGCCUCUUUACGUUUAGUAGGUCUUCGGCCCACAUAUUUCCGCAGUCUGUUUAUGGACAUUACAUAAGAUUUCUGCACUUAGACCCAACGGACAUCAGACGGAAAUUGUACCAUAAAUGGACUUCCCCUACGUGAAAGGUUAUAUAGGCCAUAAUGGGGUGGGAUCACUAUAAAUCCACAUGGUAUGUAUGCAAUUUCCAAAACCAGAAACAUCUGUUACAUUUGUAGUUAUAUAAUCUGGAUUUGAGCAAAAAUUGAUGAUGUUUUAUGUCUGGAGGGAAAGACAUACUGGUGGGAAAACUCCACCCUCAUUGAAAGGUUAAGAAAAGGGUCCAGACAUUCUUAUAUACAUACAAUAACAUAAAUUUUCCUUAGUCCCAUUUUUAAACAUAUGUUUUGGUUUUUAAUCCAUUUGUCAAAGUAAAGAAUUUAACAUAAAAACUGGAACAUGCAGCAGAAGCUUGCACUUUCUACAUAAGCAGAUAUAUUUGCUCUAUUUUGUGUUAUACUGAGCAGUAUGGCUCAGGAAUGUCUCAAAAGCAGACCUUAAGGCACUGUGAGGGGUUUUUAAUGGAUUGAGCUUGCCUCUCUAUGACCUUCAAAAGCAAACAAGACCACCAGCAACAUGACUGAUAACUUCUCUGUUGUCAUUUUUUUAAGCCUGACCCUGCUGUGAGGGGGUAGGUGUCAGACCAGCUGAUAGACAGCAGGUUGAAGCAACACCUUCUUUUCUGUUCCUGUAAAUCUCUCACAAUUGGUGAUAGAAUUCACAGUGAAAAGACAGAGGAUGAGUUUUUGUCUGAAAACAGCACUUUCACAUGUACAUGACAAUAGAUACGAGGAAUCACUCUGUCCAAAGCAAACACCACGAUUCAGAAGUUCCCCACAGGAGCUUGAAGAAGCUGACUAAUAUUAGUGUUUAUGUUGCUAUGGACACAUUACAUCAUCCUACUAAGUAGACUGAUUUUUCAAUAGGGUUUUUUUAUUAUGUCUUUUUUUUUUACUCGUCAUUUGUGUUGGCAAAGAGGUGAAGUUCUGAACUACUCUGUGUCACCAACCAACAUUAUAACCAACCUACAAACAAACCAAGAUACUUAACAACCAACCAACAAACUAACUAAGCAACCAACCAACAUACUAACUAAACAACCAACCAGCAAAUUGACCAAGAAACAAACCAAUGAACUGACAUAACAUACAACCAGCUAACUUACCAAUCAAUCAAAUGAUCAAGAAACAAACAAACUGACUGACCAACAAACCCACCAACCAACCAACUUACUAACCAACCAACCAGAAACCAACCAAGCAUCUAACCAAACCAACCAACAGACCAAAUGACCAACCCAACAAACCAACCAGCUGACAAAAGAUUCAACCAAAUAACUAAUGGCCAACUAACCAACCAACAAACCAGCUGACUGAACAAACAACUAACCAAUCAACCAACCAACCAACCAACCAAUCAACUAACCAACAAAAAAAAAACUAACUAACCAACCAGUCACUUAAAAAUACCUACCAACAUCCUACCAGUUAACUGACUAACCAUCCAAUCAGUCAACUAGCCAAUCGACCAACCUACCGAACAUAUUAACAACCAACCAAGCAAUCAACCAAAAACAUGCCCAGCCAAUCACCAGCUUUACUGACCAACAAGCUGAAUAAACAAACAGACCAACCAAACACUACCAGUUGUUUGUUUACAAGCUCAAAAGUUAAUGGCCACGGGGCCAUGAGGAGAGACCCUCGUCAGUCGGGUAAUGACGGGGCGUUUAAAGGUGCUCCAUCACAAGAGUCAUUCUCUAAAGCAACACAUUGAAGAGGUUCCUCAAGCUAAAUGAAUCUUAAAAUACGAUUCUGUGGUCAAAGGAAGUUUCCAAUAUCUGCUCAGUUUGUUGCAACUUGUGUAUCCAGUUUGUUGGAGUUCAUGUGAAUUUUUUUUUAAUGUAAACAUGUUUUCUUCAACAAUUAUUUUACAGGUGUUCCCAGAGAGACAGAGAAGGAGAAGGAGCUGGCUGAUUUUGAUAUCUUUGACGACCCUGAGAGCCCGUUCUCCACUUUUAACUUCCAGUAUACGAACGAGGCCUUCACCAGACUCCAUGACUUGAUGGAGUUUAACACCCUGAACAAUCUGGAGGUAGGAAUAAGAUAUGCAUGAUGGCUGUGAACAAAAACCAAAAAAAACCUUUAGUGAUGCAAUUUGUGAUUUAAAAAAAACAGUGGAAAUGUAUUGUGUUUUUUGAAAAAAUGAGAAAUAUUUGUUUAUUACUCACAUCUUUACCACAUAGUCUAACAUUUUUGCAUUGUCAUGUCAGCACACAAACAUCAGUUUGUUGUGUAACAUCGAAAAUUUCAGAUACCAAAAGCCCAUCUAAGACCAGAUGGUGCAAGUCAGUACAAGAGUUUAUAAGGCGUGUCACAGUGAGAGGUCAGAUUGACUUUCUCUUUAUGUGAGUCACUUCCCUGCUGAGUAACUGCUGAAAUAUGAUGCAAUGCUUUUGAUCUCACCGGAAGGUCAGCUUAUCCCAGUGGGAUUAUAAUGUUCAUGAAGAUAUCUUCCCUAAAUCCAUACGCAGCAACACUAAUGGGUGGAUAACCCCAAAGAAACCUGGUGUCAUGUUUUGAAAAUAGUAGAAAUCUGCCCGGCAACACCAGCAAUUGGUGAAUUAUCCAGCAUUACUCAGACAGAACAGAAGGGAAACAAUCAAAAUGGUCCCGGUUUUAUGAUUAAAGCUUCUGCCAGAUGAAAAAAAUGGACAAAUGUAGUUUAAAAAGGAAAAAACCGAGUGGAGAAAACUUGAAAAUAUAAAAGAAAGAAAACAGGUACAAUUUUGAAACCAACUAUUGUAUGAAACAGACACAGGUCAGAAUAAAAAAAUCAAACAGUGCGUAAAUAAGACCAAAAAUAACCUACCAGGUAUAAAUCUUAGGAAGACUACUGGUAAAACUUUGUGGAAGGCUAUUAAACUACUCCAUAUUUAAUCAAUCAAUCAAUCCAAUUUUAUUUAUAUAGCGCCAAUUCACAACAGUCGCCAUCCCAAGACGCUUUUCAAAGAAAAAAAGCAGGUCAGGACCAUGCUCAUUGUUUGAUGAAUUAUCAAGACCCAUAUUUAAGGAAACAAGUUCAAAGCUGGGUCCAUUACAAUUAUUUUACUGUCAGUUAUACCAUUAGAAAGUCAGUUCAGUAUAAUUUAGUCAUAUUAUUGCCAUUUUUGCCUUUUUUAUUAAACAAGACAGCUGAAGAGGGACAGGAAAUGUAGGGAGGUGAGAGUCGGGGAAAGAAGGUGUUGCAGCAUAUGGUGAUGACUGAGAAUCAAACCACUGCAAUAAAAGACAGUGGUUAGGGGGGGGUUUGAAUGCUUGGCCACUGGUGUCCUAAUAUGAAAGACCAAGUAAUAGCUGAUCUUCACACAGCAAUGAUUUAUAUUAGUUGGUUCAGGCCUGUACAAACUCACAACAUAUACUGUAUACAUAUAUAUACGUUUCAAACAGGCAAAUAGUGACAUAUGAAUAGGUAAUCUAUACACAUUUCCUUUCAACUCUCACUCCUGUGUUUGUGUCCUUUAGGUGAUCAAAGAGGCCAUCAAGGACUGCAUCGUGCAGCGGAAGGAGAACCCCAUGUGCCGCCCUCCCCCCUUCUCCCUCAUGGAGAUCCCCAAAAAGAAGUUUCUAAAAAGAGAGUCUCGAGCGAAACCCUGGAGCAACAGUAGUUAAAUCUCAGUUUGGAUAAAGAAAACUUUUGGAUUUUUGUAGAGUGAAGCGUUUGGAAAAUGUUGACCUGUUUUCUGUAAACUUUGAAUCAGACCUUUUGAAUUUGUGAAGAACCUUGACGUUUACAGGUUGAAGCAUUCAUAAACAGCUCAGGAAGGCUUCUUAUCAGGGAGAACUGGUGAAAUGUGUUUCCAACAAACAGCGAACUCUCCCCUGCCUGCUGUGAUGUUAAAACGACCACUGACUUAACGCUGCGGUGUGAUUUUUACAGCUUAAAAUCUGACUUUUUCAUAAACUUGAGGUGAUUUUUUACAAUCUUUCCUUUUCCUUUUGAAAAUUUUAGGAAAUCUUAAAAGUCUUAUGUCUCAGCCGUGAAGAAAAGUCCACUGUUUCCUGUUACUUUUAUAGUGUGAUAUCUCAAAUGUGGUUGCAACGCUGCAUGUGCAUCUGUCCUAUGACUCUCUAUGCAUAUGUGCUGUUUCUACAGAAUACCUUCAGCUGUCGGAGGCCUCACCUGUAUCGUACUUGUUUGUUAGCUGAACUCUUUCUAUAUUUAGUGUGCUUUUUCACAGCAUGCAAAUCAGUGUGUUUGUGUUUUUUACUUCCCCGGAUGGCUCGUCUAAACAUGUAAUCCUGUUUAAAAACACAGAAGAGGAGCUGGUUACCCUUGGUUUUGUUUGAUGGCAACUCCUAAACACGCUGAGUGCACCCCUUCUAGAUACCUCAAACAUCUCAAUGUUGCUCACCCACCUACAGGGAGGGAGUGCUCCCUGCUCCACUGUAGGGCGUGUCUCUUAUUUAAGCCUCCAUUUUGGAAAAACACAACUUGAUGCCAUAGAAACGGCCCUACUUCUUCCCGCCGUCUCUCCGUCUCUCACCAUUAAGAUAAAGGUGUGUUUAUUUUCCUGACCGUGUUGUUUCAGGCUGCCUUAAGAUAUCUGCAAAGUUUGUUUGUCAAAAGGCCAUUUCCUUUACUAACAAUCCCACGGACUCCUUGAACGCCCCUGCACAGUGAAGUAGGGCCUCCGUCAGAGCGAGGAGAGGACGGGCGGUGUGGUGGGUGCUACCACUAGACCCACUUCUAUCUGAAAACGGCGUCUCUCUGCAGCGCUCAGUGGAAUUUUACACACUACACCUACACCUGCAGCUGUAGAGGCCUGGAAUCUGACACACUACACCUAUACCUGCAGGGGCCGAAGGCUGCACACAGAGCGGUGGAAUUUUACACCGAAGCAUUUAUAUACAGACCCCUAUAUGCUCGACUAUCACCUAAGGAAGACACUGAGCAGAAAAGAGGGUCCUGCAGUCUUGCUGCAGACACUCAAACCUUUGCAGCCUGCCUUUACCUUACUAUUUUUUUUUAGCACAUUGUAUGUGUGACUUUUUGCAUGAUUAAAUGUCCUGUUACACUUUUUUGUUGUUGCUAAAAGAGAAAAUUUGGUUUGCUUUGUUUGACUUGCCUCCACUCUCAUAUCUCUCUGUUACAUAAAGAAAGCCAAAGACGGGGCAUCGUGUUCAUGGCUGCAGUAGUCAGUGUUUUGCAGACUUUUGUAACUAAAUGCUCUUUUAAAUUCUAGGAUUUCAGUCUUUUUUAAUGAUUAAAUACUUUCUUGAACAAGAAGACAAAUUGGCUUCUUAUUUAGUGCCUUGUAACAAGAAAUUAAACUUGUGUCAAACUGUGUUAGAGCUCCUGUGGUGAGUUUUAAGAUGGUUGUAUAACAGACUGAAAUUGUCUAAAUGCCUUUAUAUGAGCUAUAAAAUCAAACAAAACCAUCAGCAACAAUUUGGUGUAGCAAUCUUUAAUGGUUGUAACCAACACUGCAGGGUAGGUGUCAAAAAAAAAAGUAACAGGUGGUCUCUAUCAGCAUUUUUGACUGAAAGAUUCACAGUGAGGGACCACAGUGUGAGAUUAUUCAUUAGAAAACUCCCUUUAUAUAAACAGAGCAAAAUCAGAAAAUAAGUAACGAACAGUGCUUUGUCCACCAGGGGCGCCAAAUCAACACAAUCUGAAAGUUACCUACAUAAGCUUUAAAACAGGUUUACCAUAAGCUCAUUAACAAAAUAAACAGCUGCCAUGAAAGUUGUACGUUUCAUGAAACCCUGGCUGGUGGUGUGCACUCAAACCUGCUUAAAAAAAAGAGCUCUGCUACUUAUCUAAACUAAAGAUGAUGUUAACUGAUUACCUAAGUUAACCUUGUGGUUAGUUAUGAAACGGUUGCAGUUUGGCUGCAUUGAGUCACCUCAGCCGGUUCUCGGAUUUUGCACAAGAUCAUGAUCUGGUCCUGUGAAUCUUGUAUCAUUGUGGACUUCUGGUUUUAAAACUGAUAAGAACUGGUGCUCAUGAGCUGAAGACACACGCCAGACUAGCUGCUCAGUUUGGCUGUAGGCUGUUGUGUAAAUGAAAGGUAUAUGAGAGUGGUGACAGGCUUUUUUUCUAUGUCAGAUUUUCAUGCAUAUAACCUUAAACAUUGACUUCAUUGUAAGUUCUGUUUGCUAUCUAGUUUUCUUCCAAGGAUUGGGUUUCUUAAAAGACUUGUAGCAGUUCUAGUUUUCAAUAUUUUUGUGCUCUGUUACAUUUUAUGACCCUACAAUGUUUACAAAUGUGUCUGAUGCUAAAUGGUCAGUUUUAAGGAACCAAGAAAUGUACAAAAUAAUCCUGUGAUCACGAACUGUUCGUUUUAUAACUGGCAAAACAUGAAAUACAUAAUGUUUAUGUGCAUCCUAAAAGGGCGAUAAUAAAAAAAGAAUUGACCCUG